AUGUUUCAAAACACCCGGGUGUUGCAUCAGGAAAUCUGCUCUGCAUAUAGAUUUGUACAAUUUCAACAGCAGGCUAGUUUAAUGUAAGUAAAGUUAUAUUAUGCUCAGAUUCUUCUAAAUUUGGGAAUGAAACUGCAGUAAAUAUUUCUGGAUAAAGGCUUGGCAUCUAGCAAGGUAUGAACAAACAGUGAACAAUACAACUGUUUCCAUUUUUACACACACACACAUUCAAAUAUUCAAAUAUAUUUCAAAUAUUCCAUUAUAUAUAAAUGUGUGUGCGUGCAUAUGAAUAAAGCUAAUUAUUUAGCUAGUGGGGAAAACAAUCUCCGGAUACAAACAAGGUCAAUUAAAAUGAGAUCUAUUGGAUGUUUUGCUGUUGGCUUCAGUGGGAAAUUGAUUGCAUCUAUAUGUAAUUAGCAGAUUGCAGAAUGAGAACCGGUUCCCGCUUUUAUAAACAUGCAGUUCCUCAUUUGUAUGAUUUGGUCACUGUCAUCUGUUCUUUUGUGACCUUAGGUUAGACUGUGCAAUAUGCUCUUUUAGAGACUACUUUGUAGAUGAUGGGCAAGAAAUCAUAGCCAGUGAAUUCUGUAGCUCGUCACUUGGCAGUGGCUAGUGCAGGCAGGCCUGGCCCAAGGAAUUUUGCUGCCCAAGGCAAGGAACAAGGCACCCCCGCCCCAUUCCAUGCACACCAACUGACUGCAUUGGCAGUUGAAAGUUUCUUCAGUAUUGGUGAUGAGACAGAGUCCUCCAAGGCAGCAGGCUAGUUUAGGGUGGCAGGACAGACCUUUUUGAAAGCUCUUCUAGCUCAUAAAGAGCACGGGUCUGAAGGAAUGGGUUUCUGUGCAGUCAGUUUGAAACGGGACCCAAAAUCCAUUUUUUUUCCUUUUCCAAGGGAGCAUUUCUAAAAUGCUUUAACUUGAGCUCUUGAGCCAAAACCCAGCUGUAUAAACAAGUGCUCAAAGCUCUCUCCAUUAUCAGUCCAUGAAGGCUGGUAAUGACGGAUGGCCUUGUCCAUUCCAAAGUGGACGUCUGUGCCUUAUCUUACAUCCUGACCACAAAGACGCACAGACCUAGUCUGGGAACAGUGCCAGAGUGUGUUCUUGGAGUUGGUGACCCUUUUAUGGUCAGAAGUACAGGAAGGAAUACCCUUUUAUGGUUAAGAGUGCCGGAGCAGAGACAUCUGUGAUGUCAACCUGCGUGUACAAGCUGACGUGGCUGGAUUCCUGGGGAAGGGGGGAGAGGGUGCCUGGAGGAUAUAUAUACUGCAUGAAAUCUCUCAUUCCUUUGGACUUGCUGUGGACUGACCACGCAAGUGCCUUCUGCUAUCCGGAGAGCAGAAUAAACUCUUUCUUUGAACCAACCUCUGUGUCAUUUGACUUCCUUCCUCCCUCCCGGGAGCAACGCAGACCCAAUCGGUGAACUCCAAUAAGAUUACAGGUCUUUGCAUAAGACGUAUUUCUAGCAACAAGUAAGCCCAGUUGUGUUAAAUCUAGUUUACACCCAGGUAAUUGUUUAUAGAAUUGCAGCCUUGCUGUGUUUUCAACUUGCAUUUGUAUGAGUCUAUUGCAUGGCAAACUCGGUGUCCCGCCUUGAGCACAAGAAGCCGCUAGUAAAUGUCUUCCUUUAUUAUGAUUGCAUCUUACCUUUUCUCCAAGAAUUUCAGAAAGGUGUGUGUUGCCUCCCACUUUUUCCAGUAAACAACUCUGUGAGGUAAAUUAAGGUGAGGGAGAGGAACUGGCGAGUAUCACCUACUGAGCUUGGUGGCUGAGUGGAAUUUUGCCCAGUACAGGCCACAAACUCCACCCACGACACCACGCCAGCACUUUGUAAAUGCCAUAACCAAUAAAAAAUACCCCAAAAUAAUGGCAAGUGAUUUUCCCCGCCCUCUGAUCAGCUGAGCAGUUUUAGCGGCUAUGGAGAUGAACUUUAGUACCAGAUACGUACCUCCUUUCCUACCUUCUUCCCAGUCAGGUGGUGUUGUUAUUUGCAAAGUUAUCUGUGGAGCAUAAUAUCUGGAAUGAAAGAAGAUGUUCUAUGUUGAAAGAGCAGUUGUAACAGUUAGUAAAAUAUGAAAGAAGCUGCAUCUCUUUUUUACUGGGGCUGACAUGCUAGAUUGAACUAGCAAGGAAAUCUGUCUGUUAUGGAGACAGAUGGGGGAGCUCUGGGACUCUUAGUGAAAUGAUGCCGUGGUUUCUGCCAGCGCUCUUACAGCAUCCUGACAAUUGCUACACUCCGAAAAGCAAGAGUUUACAUGCCUGAAAUAAAUUGUUUUGAUUAGAACCUUUAGGAGAGAAAGUCAUAAGGUACAGUUUUAUUGACUACUUGCCAGACAACAGAGCCCUGUCUUCCAUGAGCUUGUUUUGCUCUUGUAAGUCAAGCAGGGAACUGGGCUCUGCUUUUUCUAAGGUUAUGGUCUUAAUACCGCAGCACAUUAUCAUUUGCUCUGAAUUAUUACAUCCACUGUACAGUCCGAGACAAAACACAGUUUGGAUUUAUAAAGUGUCGUUUAUCUUAAGGAAAAGUUACAGGUACCGUUACACUUCCUAUAAUUUAUGUGCUUGGGUAGGUGAAAGCUGGAGGCUUGCUUUGAACUAAAUUAAAGAUACAGUGAUGGAAGAAGUGUCUAGUUACUGGUAGAAAAGUGUUCUCUCAUUUGUGUAAAUUAGAUCUCAGUUGUUGUUUGUUUUCAUUUUAUGACAAUUAUGUGUCUGAAGCCGCUAUUUUUUAUACCUGUUUAUAUAGCAUAGUUAAUUCAUUAAGUAAUAUAACCAGUCUACCAUUAUUAUUAUUAUUAUUAUUAUUAUCAAAAAAGAGGUGCUGGAACUCACCAUGAACACCUCCCUUGUUCUCUUACAAUGGCAAUGGUGCCCAUCUGAGAGGUGCCGGAACUGAGUUCCGGAGAGUUCCGGAUGGGAAAAAAGCCCUGAAUAUAACAGCAUUGAUAUUUGGAAACAAAAGAGAUGAGACAACUCCCUGCUCUGAUUUUACUUCUUCCUCCUUGACCUCUCAGUCAAGGAGAAGUCUAUACAUUUUAGAGAGCAGGUUUUGGGGGGUUUUUUUGGAUUAGAUCUUUCUUGAGUCUUGAAAGUUCUAUGGAAAAGCCUUUCUGCUUGCCCUAUCAGAAUGUAAAAUCAGUAAUGGUACAAUGGGCCAGAGAUUUUGGUUACAAUAUCCAAAUGGAAUCAUGGGAAAGGUUGUGGAGGGAAGACCUGAAAUUCACUGCAUGCUAUGACUUGAAAGAGAAUUUCAUGAAAAUGCUUUACAGAUGGUAUUUAACACCUGUAAAAUAGGCCAAAAUGUAUAAAUCCAGGUCAAGAGUCUGUUGGAGAUUCAGGGAGGCGGAAGGCACGAUGUGGUAGAACUGCAAAAAAAAGGGAAUUUUGGGAAACAAUAUAUAACGAGCUUAAAAAAAUAUUUACAAGUUCCUUUCCUAAGAAGCCUGAAGCCUUCCUGCUGGUUACAAUGAAUAAUGAAAAUCUGAAAAAUUUAAGGAGAAUUAUGUAUGAAAUAGCAGCAGCAAGAAUCCUAAUUGCAAAGGGAUGGAAAAGAGACUACAUUCCCUCUAAAUUGGAUUGGCAGAACAAAAUGUUAGAAUAUGCAGAGUUAGCAAGAUUGACGGCAAGAUUCCAAGAUGACACAGACCAAAUAUUUAAUAGACAGUGGGACAUUUGCAGAGUAUACCUAAAAGAACAUUGUAAAAUCUAAAUCCUUUGGCAGGCCUGGAUUGACUUCUGCAUGAAAUAAGAGAAUUUUACAAAACCAAUACAACUGAAACAACUUAGGAGAGAUAAAGUUAAGUGUGUAUUUAAAAAUGUAAUUUAGGAACCACAAUGGGGGGAUCGGAAGUCAUGUUGGAAUUUGCUAUCUAUGAACCUAAUUUUUUUGUAAUAAGUAUCCAUUUUGGAUCGUUUUUGUUGACUGUUUUGUGUUGUUUUGUUUUUAAAAUCAAUAAAGCAUUUUUAAAAAUUAAGAAAGAAAAAAGAGACAACUCCCUGCUCUGAAGAGUUUACAGUUAACUUUGCCUUUGGAGUGAGAAUAGAGAAUAAGCGGGAGUUGGCAGGAACGUAAGAAGAAAGCAAGUAAGCGAAGAAGGAACAAGAUGUCUGCACAAUCCGUUGGUGUAUGAAGAUCCUCUAUGCAUGCACUUACAGUGAGGGGGGAAAGUAUUUGAUCCCCUGCUAAAUUUUCCCAUUCGCCCUCUGACGAAGAAAUGACCAGUCCAUAAUUUUAAUAGUAGGGUUAUUGUAGCUGUGAGAGACAGAAUAACAACAGGAAAACCCCCAGAAACCCAGAAGACCAAAGUCAGAGAUUGAUGUGCUGGCUGGUUGAUAGGGGAUCAAAUACUUAUUUCACUCAUUAUAAUGCACAUAUUAUAACAUUCUAAUGUUGUUAUUCUGUCUCUCACAGCUACAAUAAACCUACCAUUAAAAUUUUGGACUGGUCAUUUCUUCGUCAGAGGGCAAACAGGCAAAUUUAGCAGGGGAUCAAAUACUUUCUUCUCUCAGUGUAUGUAGAGCUCCUCCACAUGAGGAGGCCAGGACUCUCCAUUUUAUGGAGGAGUUAUGCAUGCAUAAAGCCCCUUUUCACACUGGUCAAGCACAUGGUUGACAACCCAUGGCCAUUGCACAUGUGUAUUGUGGGGAACUGCACUCCCAUCAUUUCAGCUUAUGAAGUUGACUGCAAAGUAUACCCCCAAGGUAUACAGCUAGCAGAUUUCUUAAUGCACCACUAGGAGGUCCACGCCAUCCUAUUCUGUAUAGGUUUCUGGAAGAAGACACAAAAGGUCCACAUUUUGUAGGCACUUUUGUGUGUAUGUUAAUGUAUUAAUCUGUCAAAUGUGCACUUUGGACAUGCUUUGAACAUAAAAUGUGUUUUUGCUUGCACAUUCUCCUACACUGAAGCUGCAUCACAAAAUCUGGAGAAGCACGUAGCCCAACUGGGAGUUUCAUUCUGAUCCUCAAGCAAGCUCCAGAUGAGGUUGGGUCACUGCAAAAAGCAGACCACCAGACUUCCUUCCAUUCAAGCUCUACCUCAGACCUUGUCACUUUGAGAGGGAAGGUCUGAAGAGAGAUUCUAAGAAUGUCUGGAUGAACACACUUAGAAUCCUCUACACUAUUGAGAACACUGAGAAAUUUCUCAUAAUGGGGAAAAUUCUAAAUAUGGGAAGUUCUGAAGUGGAGCCAGCAAUGUGGAAACAUUUGGGGCAGGGCUAGAGAUAAAUAUUGAUUUAGUUCACAUUGAAAGGCAAACUUUACCCAAAUUACAGCAAAACACAGCCACCCUUCAGAAGGGGUGCUCAGAAUUUUGCAUGCCGUUCUCGAACCAAACUAUGUUUACAAAAACACAAGAAUUAGGGGAAAGUGGAGGGAGAAAAUGCACGAAAUGAAGCAUGAACAUGAUAUUAGUGAAAAUAACAUAGAAUAAUGCACUGUAUUAGAGGAAAUUGCUUGCUAAUAUAUGUACAUUCGUCAAAACUGCAUACCAAAAAAAAAAAAAAAGUGUUUGUGAGGAGAAAAUCACAAAUUGCUGCAGAAAUUAAGAUUGGAAAAUUCUGAAAGGGAGGGAAAUAAGAUUGACAGAUCCCUCCAUUCCUAGGUGAGGCUUCGAUGCACAUGUCAUCUCAAGCACAUUAAGGCAAUCAGCUGAAUAGGUUAGGGCAUUGACUUCUAACCAGUCUGCCAUGGCACCCUGGGGUGUCUUGAAUGAUGGUCAGGGGCAACACUGGCCUCUGUCCCUCUUCCCUCCCUUUCUCUGAUGCCCUCUCAUGUCUCUGCCAUCCAAAGGCUUGAACAGCUGUUUGUCGCAGCAGCCCUGGCUACAAGCUCCGCAGGCAAAUGGUGCUUCUGUGGCUGGCAAGGGGGUGCUUCCCAGGCCCCUGUGGGGCAGUGUGAGGAGGCACCUCUCUCUGGGACAAGGGGGGCAUCUCAGGGACCGGGGGUGGAAGCUGAGGCUGCCCAAAUGACUCCCAAAGAAAGGAGAGGAGAGAGGAAGUUGAGGAAACACUCCACAAGAGAGGGUGUUGGAAAAAGGGUGAGAGGCUGCCAGCUCUGCAGGCAAGGGGGGGACAUAACUGUGCCCCACAGGGGUGCCGCAGAAAGAAUGUGGUUGGUCAAGGGAUCCAUGGACCCCAAAAGGUUGAAAACUUCUGGGUUAGGACAACACUCAGACUAGGUUAUGUGAUGAUGUCUGUGGAGGCAAAUUAAGCUAUGCAAGUGAGGGUAAGGUCAAUGAAUACAUUUUUGGAUUCAUUGUUCUCCCUCCAUCUACACCCAAAACCCACAUUGAUAGAGAAGAGUGUUUAUAUAUAUGUAUAUAUGUAUGUAUGUGUGUGUGUGUAUAAUAAUAAUAAUAAUAAUUAUUAUUAUUAUUAUUAUUAUUAUUAUUAUUAUUUAUACCCCACCCUCCCCAGCCAAGGCCGGGCUCAGAGCAGCUAACAAGCAAUAAUAAAAACAAGUUGAAUGAAUCCAACUUAAAAACAAGAUUAAAAUACAAUAUUAAAAUAUAAACAACACAACAGCUUCCCCCCUAAACAGUGAAUCCUUUCAGCUCAGAUCUAUUCACUAGAAGACUGGUUUGAAUUCUGUGUUGACAAGGAAGGAUAUUUCAGUACUCAGUCAAGUCAAAUUCAUGCUGUAUUCAUUUCCGGGCUUUCUGCAUAAGCAAUGUUGCAUUGCUCAACAUUUCUUCUGAGAAAUGAGAAUAAGAAUAAAUCUUUGUGCCGAGUAUCGUUCAUGGGGUUAGGAAAAACAAACAAACAAACCCAUACCCUCACGAUUGUCAAUGUGUGCCCAAGCUUAGCUGCAUAUUUCAUAAGCUAUGCAUUUUGCUGAUUGCUGAUUGCUUAUGUAUUCACUUCAGAUUUGAGCCCCUUGCGUGUUGGCAAAUAUAUAUAUAUAUUUUCUGCGCAGAAAUAAUUUCUGACAGCGUUUAGUAAUGAGAAACAUUUUGUCUCACAUCACACAUGAGAACUGCUUCAACAAUGGCAAGGUUGUUGAAGGCCAUUGGGGGAUCAGGCCUUUCAGUCAGAGAGGGGAGGGGAAGCAUAUGGAUUUCUCUGUUUCGUCAGAGUAAUGAGACUCCAAGUUUGUGUGCUUCUGUCUUUGCUUGAAUACAGAAAUCAAAACAGAGAAAUAAACCUUGUUUUGGGGGGGAUCACAUUCCUUGAAGGAACAAGUAGCUGGGGUUUCUAUAUUCUCAAAAUAUAAAUGUCAAGGGUUAUUUUGCUUGCUUUGCUAUUUUCAGUUGCUCUUGUCUUCAUCGUUGAUAGAUGUUGACUUUGACAUUUAGCCAUGAUGCUGAGGGCUAAGCUUGUGUGGCCUGGGUCUGAGAAACUGUCCUUCCAUUAAACCUUUCAGUUGAUGAAGGAUGUUUAAUGCAAUCCCCGAUCCACCAUUUCUCUCCUGCACUUCCAUUCGCCAAACACUUUCCAAACCAACCUGAGACCUAGACUUGCCCAUGUUUGUUCCACCAGUUAUCAGAAUUGCAUCCCUCAAUGCAUACUCUCUGUGUGUGAAAUAAAAACUGGCAGCUUUUUUUGGCCUAAUUUCCAGCAGACCAAAAUAAGCGCUCAGUGGCAGAUCAGAGCAGUAUCAAUUCACAUGUAUGUUGUAAAAUAGUAAAGAUGUGAGAGAGAGCCAGAAAGAUUUUAAACCACAGCAUAGCCCUGGUAGAAUUAAUUGGGUUUUUCGUUUUAAUUUAGAGGAGAAAUCUGGGUCAGGAAAUUCUAUCCACUUGCCAAAUGAGAGCAAAGGACUUUGCACCAAGUCCUGUAACAUAUAUUAUGACAUUAAAACAAGCUGUAAUGUAGUGGAAGAUGCAACACUGAUGUCCUGCAACAAUAUAUAGUUUGUAACAAUAGCACUGAAAGAAACAAGCAGAGAUUAGCCUUUCAUUGAAGACUCUCCUGGAUUUCUCUCUUCCGUCUUCAUCUCUUGCCUCUCUCAAGCACCCGGCAACAUUUUGAUAAUCCUACACAUUGAGACUGUGGGCACAUCACUGAGUUACAAUGCUGCAGUUAGGUUGUAAAGGUAAAGGGACCCCUGACCAUUAGGUCCAGUUGUGACCAACUCUGGGGUUGUGGCGCUCAUCUUGCUUUAUGGCCGAGGGAGCCGGCGUACAGCUUCCGGGUCACGUGGCCAGCAUGACUAAGCCACUUCUGGUGAACCAGAGCAGCGCACGGACAUGUCGUUUACCUUCCCGCCGGAGCGGUACCUAUUUAUCUACUUGCACUUUGAUGUGCUAUCAAACUGCUAGGUUGGCAGGAGCAGGGACCUAGCAACGGGAGCUCACCCCGUCGCAGGGAUUCAAACCACCGACCUUCUGAUCAGCAAGUCCUAGGCUCUGUGGUUUAACCCACAGCACCACCCGCGUUCCUGCAGUUAGGUUGUACAUUUGCUUAAUUCAGAUCAAAGAUGGUUUGGGGGAUGGAACACAUCAAAACACAACAUUUCAUAAGAAACAACAGGAUAAAUAUGGAUUGUGACUAAUGUCCUGGAUACCACGCUUGCCAAACAAGCAGUGGGAGGGCACUGGAUGCAGAAUAAAGAGGAAAGUGUACACAGCCCAGGACUUUCAUCAGAAACAUUUUAAUCUCUCUCUCUGAUUUAGAGAGCUUAUAAGCCUAUUUGUUUUCUGGCCGUAUCAGCUUUGCAUAUGCUUUGUUCUGCCUCUAAUGCUCACUCCCCACCAAAAAAUUGUUUUUUCUUUUUUAUCCCUGAAAAAUCAGCAUCUAAAUUUUACACAUUUUAUAUGCAUUCUCCCCCUAAAAUACGCAUAUCUGUGAGCUAUUUGGUGCAAUACACAUUUCCGUGCCCAUUUUUCUCCAGUCAAAACGGCAUCACAAAAUUAUGAGAAAUGCGUAAUCCGACUGUGUGUUAAGCUGGGACAGAAGGAUGAAGUUCUGUUAUGCGAAUCUUAGCUCCAUAUUAAAAUACUCUAAGGAGGCUCUGAAAAUUGUGUGUGUGAAUGCAAAGAGUAUUUGGUAAUUAAGACAAGGAAAUGGUGCAUGAUGAGGAAAAUGUUCUGCCACCAGACUGUCAACUUUGGUUUUGAAGCACUUGAUGUGUGUCUGUAUGUUCUAAAUGAUGAAUAAUCCAUUUGUGUUUGAGUAGCGGGUUAAGUGGUAGUCAUCCUGUAUAAUAUUCGAGAUCUUGCAUUCAUUCAUUUGUUUCUCUGCAGAUGAGUCAUGUCGUUGUCCUUUCCAGCAACGAAAUUAUUAAAGGAAGGCAUUUUUCAAGCUCUUUAUUUCCUGCUAUCAGAAAUGGGUCAUAGCAGCCAUUUCCAUGGUAUUACAGAAUGCUAAAUGAUUUGUGAGGCUGAGCAAACAAGAAACUUGAUGUUCUUUUAUUUAUUUUUAUUAUACAACAUGAUGGCGGGAGAGGUUGUGAAAGCUGUAAGGAAGGGGUAAAAAAUGGAAUAAGAUGAUAAGUAAUUUAUCGUUAGAGAAAACUAAUCAGAACACCUCAAUUCCCAUUGUCCCUACACAGGUGUUCAAUUACUUUCUGGGAGAAGCCGAAAGACCAAUAACCCAAUGUCUAAGAUAUAAAUGAAUUUUAUUAUUAAGGAACAUAUUAAAACUUACAUAAGUAUACCAAUGUAGCUCAUCUAAAUUCUGUACAGAUUUCUACCAACCUUCCUUCUCUGGAGUUUCUUUUUCUUAAUACAAGGUUCUGAUCUCACUUUGAGCUGCUUUAUGCAUGGCCCCAACAGACAUGUUGCACAUAUAUGUGUGUGAGAGAGAGCGAAAGAGCGAGAGAGAGCACGGAAUUGAGCUUUGGGGUAAUAUUUGCACCCACAACUAUAGUAUAGCUCUUCAACUUAGGCAAACACAAGUAAAUGCCCAUCUAAGAAGGCCUUAAUCAGAUGAGCCUACCAUUGUUUUAGGGAUGCAGGUGGCACUGUGGGUUAAAACACAGAGCCUAGGACUUGCCAAUCAGAAGGUCAGCAGUUCGAAUCCCCACAAUGGGGUGAGCUCCCAUUGCUCGGUCCCUGCUCCUGCCAACCUAGCAGUUUGAAAGCAUGUCAAAGUGCAAGUAGAUAAAUAGGUACUGCUCCAGCGGGAAGGUAAACGGUGUUUCCAUGCACUGCUCUGGUUCACCAGAAGUGGCUUACUCAUGCUGGCCACAUGACCCAGAAGCUGUAUGCCGGCUCCCUCGGCCAAUAAAGCGAGAUGAGCGACGCAACCCCAGAGUCGGUCACGACUGGACCUAAUGGUCAGGGAUCCCUUUACCCUUUACCAUUGCUUUUGGGGGGGCAGGCAGCGGAGAGAUUGUAGCUUGUGUCAUAGCAAUUUGCACAUGUUGGUUUCCAUUCAGAGUCAAGAAUCUAUGCAUGAGUGGGGAUGGAGCAAUAAGAGUCUAAGACUCACUUGCAUCCUUCAGUGACAUCAUCAAGCAUUUCACCUUUAUGUGUAUGUCUUGUGUAGGAUAAUAAUCUGCAAUAUGGGGCAAAUAAUACUGUGUGUCAGGGUUUUGCUGAUGUGGUCCAAAGAGAAGCAGAGCCAGUCACCCUCAGGGGGUACUCAAUGGCACAUAGUACCGACACCCCCCUUUUUUGGUUUAAAAAAUGUGGUACUUACUGUAAGAACUUCAUGGUGAGUACCAGCACCUAUUUUUCUAGGAAAAAGCACUGAGCAAUAUAUUUGGCACCAGCUUGGCUGCAGGAGUUGCCGGAAGUAGGCGUACAAGGUACCAUCCAACCAUCUUAGGCACUCCACUGUGGAUUUGCGUAGGGUUUACUCCUUAGCCUUUUCUUCUCCCAAGACAGUGGAUGUUUAGGAUCUGAGUUUUCCUUCUCCUAGAUGGACUACCUUCCAUGAGGGAUGAGCUCCAUCUGCUCAUCGUUUCGCACGAGGUGCAAAAACCACCUUAUGGACUGUUGGACCCGCUAUUGGUCUCGUCCGCUCAGUCCACCAGAGCCUGUUAUUGCAUGCAGGAGAAGUCCUUAACUCACCAACGGUUUGAGAUCCAUUGGACUGUCUCACCAGAGUGGUGCAUGCUCUAGUUAUCUCCUGCCUGGACUGCUGCAAUGCCGUCUACGUGGUGCUACCUUUGAAGGUGACCCGGAAACUGUAAUUAAUCCAGAAUGCGGCAGCUAGACUGGUGACUGGGGCAGCUGCCGAGACCACAUAACACCGGUCUUGAAAGACCUACAUUGGCUCCCAGUCUGUUUCCGAGCACUAUUCAAAGUGUUGGUGUUGACCUUUAAAGCCCUAAACAGCCUCAGCCCAGUAUACCUGAAAGGAGCAUCUCCACCCCCAUCGUUCUGCCCAGACACUGAGGUCCAGCACUGAGGGCCUUCUGGCGGUUCCCUCACUGCAAAAAUCAAAGCUACAGGGCCUCCUCGGUAGUGGCACCCACCCUGUGGAAUGCCCUCCCAUCAGAUAAACAACUACCUGACAUUUAGAAGACAACUGAAGGCAGCCCUGUUCAGGGAAGUUUUAAAUGUAUGACAUUUUAAUGUAUUUUUAAUCUUUGUUGGAAGCCGCCCAGAGUGGCUGGGGAAACCCAGCCAGAUGGGUGGGGUACAAAUAAAUUAUUAUUAUUAUUAUUAUUAUUAUUAUUAUUAUUAUUAUUAUUAUCUACCCUCACCUGGUUUGGUCAGUUGAGCUCUACCACUUGACAGCAAUUAUGAGAUGGUGCUUGGCAACAGUUAUGUCAUCUGUCUGAGCCACCCUAUCACCAAGGAAACCAGCAUGGAUCCAUCAGUCUGCAGGGAGUGGCCAUCCUAACAGGUCCUCCACUUCUGCAAUAGAUGGGUUGUCAUCACUAGUUUAACCAGUUAGUAAUUUCUCCCUGACUAGAGAAUUGAAGCAGUUCUCCCCAUCUUCAGCUCAGCCUCUAAUUUAAUUAUUAACUUGUCACGUGUGCUGUUGAAGUGACCUAAGACCUUGGGCCCCAUCAAAAGUGGUACAGUAAUAUCUGUGGAGAUUCAGCCAGUGCAAAGGUGUGAGAGGUAGGCUGUAGAAAGGGAUGGCUAGAGCUGUUCCUUUCAGUUUCUCCUUUUUCCAAUCUUAAAUGCCAUUCACUGCAUUUCUGCAUCAGUUUGCAAAAAUCUUCAUGACUGUGCAUUAGCUUUUAAGCCUAACAUUUUGCCUAACAUGCACAUUUUUGCAAUGCACUCCCUCCCCCAAUAUAAUACAUUUGUGUGUGUUGCUUUCAUGUAUAUAUGUAUUCUCAUGCAACCCUUCCCACAUUUUUCCAUUGGAGACCUGCAUCACAAAAUUCAGAGGAGUGCAAAUUCUCUGAAGGCUCAUUUCAGUUUAUGUAUCGUCUUGGGAAGAAGGUUUGCAUUUAAAUCUGAACUGAUCUGAAUGUCUCUCCUGGCCUGAGCUAUAUAUGGCCAUGAAUCAAGCUACUCUCUAUUCUGCUUGCUCAGUGGCGAUACCAAGAUAAUGUCAGUGGUAUGGGAAGAAAAUGGUGGGGAACAAUAGAGUAGGUAGAAGAAUUAGCACCUUUGUUCACAGCCAGUAUUUACACUUCCAUCUACCAAGUUUCCCUCGCCAGCUAAUUUUAAUGUUACCCUCUAAGGUUUAUAGGCCUGAAACCCAUUAUUAACUUUAUAUAAAGGCUUUUAUUAACUGGGAACUUAAGCUUUCUAAUAAUAGUUUUAAAUUACGAUGGUUAGCUCUCAUGCCACUUCAGUAAGGAAACGAAACACCAUUUGAAUGAAAUGUUCUGUUGUAAAUGGAAAGAACAAAUGCUACAACUUUGGGGGAACAUGUGCAACGAUGGCUUUAACAAGCUGGUGCGUUACCAUAGGGUGACUGUGACUCACAUUCAAGACUGGAGUCUUGGGGUAGUUCCGAGGUCGGCUUUCUGUUGUUGUUUUUUAUAUAAAUUUAUUUAUUUGGUUUUCAGAUUAAAAUUUUACACUCACAUAUCCAACAUACAGGGACGCGGGUGGCGCUGUGGGUUAAACCACAGAGCCUAGGACUUGCCGAUCAGAAGGUCGGCGGUUUGAAUCCCCGCGAUGGGGUGAGCUCCCGUUGCUCGGUCCCUGCUCCUGCCAACCUAGCAGUUCGAAAGCACGUCAAAGUGCAGAUAAAUAGGCACCGCUCUGGUGGGAAGGUAAACGGUGUUUCCGUGCGCUGCUCUGGUUCACUAGAAGCGGCUUAGUCAUGCUGGCCACAUGACCUGGAAACUAUACACCGGCUCCCUUGGCCAAUAAAGCGAGAUGAGCGCCGCAACCCCAGAGUCGGCCACAACUGGACCUAAUGGUCAGGGGUCCCUUUACCUUUACCUUUAUCCAACAUACAACAUAGAAAGGAAAUGACUGGUAGAAUCCGUGACCAGGGAGAAGAGUCGGUGGAGGAAGAUUGGAAGAAAUUCAAAGACUAUUUGCAGAAACAUUGCAAAAUUAAAGAAUGUUAGAGUGAUGUUGGAUUGAAAAUAAGUGGCUUCUAGCUAUACAGGCUUUAAAGUUAUAUAUAGAUCAAGAUUAAGGAUUAGGAUUAAAAAGAUAAAGGAAAUGGAAAUUUGGCUUUUAAGAGGUAAAAAUUUAAUGUUAUAUUAUAUUAAGAUUAAGGAUUGGGAUUAAAAAAGAGGAAAAGAAAUUCCUGGACAAACAAAUUGAGCUGGAAUACAAAAGAGGGAGGUAUGAGGAGGUCCAGAAAAUAAGUAAAUUUAAAAAAUGGUGAUGAAAAGGUGGUAUUGUUUUUAAAUAUUUUCUUUUUUGUCUUUUGCUUAUUGUUUCUUUUUUUUCUUCUUUUUGGAUUAUGUAUUGUGUAUUUUUGAACUGUGUAUUUUUCUUUUCUACUUUUAAUUUUUUUAGUUUGGAAACUCUAAUAAAUAUCAUUUAAAAAACAACAACAUACAAGAUAGAAACAAGAUUCCAGAGAAUCUCCUGAACUUCCCUCCUCCCCUUUGUGGGUCCUAUUGCUAAUCAUUUCCUCCUUCAUCUUUUAUGAUAAUCCAAAUCUUUUACAUCUCCAUUAUGUCCAUAAUUCACCACAAAACUAGAAGUGUUAUUCCAAUCCUACUAACAAGUUUAACUGUUUGCAAUGGUUUUUAAGAUAAGUUAACAAUUGUCCCCAUUCCUUAUUAAAAUUUUGGUAUUCCUGAUUUCUGAUUCUUCCGGUCAUUUUUGCCAUUUCGGCACAAUCCACCAAUUUGAUCUCUGGUAGGGACUUUAUCUUCUUUCCAUCUCUGGGCCAAGGAUAUGGCUUUCUGGGACCCUCUGUGGUAAGGAGAAUGCAGGGAGCACUGACCAUUGACUCACCAUUUAGCAGUGCAGUUUCUGCUUUAGAAUUCACUCUCCAUUGCCUAGUAAGGGCAUUAAGACCCACAAAUGGAGUCCAGUUUAAACUUGCUACCACCAUCCUCUUGUGAUGAUAUGGAAGCAGACUUUGGCACAGGCGUAACCAGUAUUAUGAAAUGUAUUCCCUGCUGGGGGGAAAAGGCACGACCCUUCUGCAUUGCCAUUCCAGCUGGUUUUGAAGAUGCACCUAUUUCCAUUGGCAUUUCCUCCACCUCUCAACUUGAGCCUUCUUGUUUAUUUUUUAAUGUAUUAAUGGGAUUGUUUUAGCGCACAUUUUAAUUAUGGAUAUUUGCAUUUUGACGUUCGCACAGUUGUUUUUAUCAGUGCUAUUUUCCUAGAAAAAGAGGUGCUAGAACUCACCAUGAAUGCCUCCUCAUUCUCUUAGAAUGGCAAUGGUACCCACCUGAGAGGUGCCAGAACUGAGUUCUAGUUAGUUCUGGCUGAAAAAACCCACACCCUGGAUUUUUUUUUUACUUGCAAACUGCUUAGAUGACUACGAUAUUUUUCGCUCUAUAGGACACACCUUGUUUUAGAGGGGGAGAACAAGAAAAAAAAAACUCCCCCUCUCUGCUCAGCACCCCUUCAGCGAAGCGGCAGGAGAAAUGGAGCCCUUCCAUUUCUCCUCCCGCUUCGCUGAAGGGGCGCUGCGCAGCUCUCCCUCUCUGCUGAAGCCGGGAGAGUCUUGCUCUCCCAGCUUCAGCAAAAGGAACCUGAAGCCUCCGGAGUGCAGCAGGAACUCGCGCUGCACUCCAAAGGCUUCAGGCGGCUAUCCCUGAAGCCUGGAACUUGCUCUCCAGGCUUCAGCGAAAGCAACGCGAAGCCUCCGGAGCGCGGAGGGAGCGCUCCCUCUGUGCUUCGGAGGCUUCGCGUUGCUAUCACUGAAGCCAAGGAGCCUGCAUUCACUCCAUAGGAUGCACACAUAUUUCCCCUUAAUUUUUGGAGGGGAAAAAGUGCGUCCUAUAGAGCAAAAAAUAUGGUAUUUUGACAGUGAACAGUAUAUUCUUUAUUUCUAUCUGUCUGUCUGUCUCAGAUCUUUAGGCUUUUGCUUGCCACUGGAGAGAAGAAGUUGGUCAAUGGAUCAACAAAAAGGCUGCUGUUGCUCCCCUUUUGAGCCCCAUCCCUGUGUUGUUCCCCAGGCCAUGAUGAGUAGCUCUGCCUUCUCAUACAGAGCACAAGGAUGAAUCAAGUGACCAAGCCUGAGAUGGAAUCUCACAGAGCUGAUGCAGUGCUAGGAAAGUUUCCAUUACAUUGGCUCAAGCCAAGCUGCAGUCCUCGAUGGCUGAAGAACAUCUAGCCACACUGGGCUAAGACAGUUGAUCUUUUCAGGGUAGCAAGAGUGUGUGCCCUGCACUCAGUAGCUGCAAGGAAGCAUUAGACAGCCUGCAACAAAGAACAUGAGUACUGAUAUCCAUGCCUCUAUACUAUAGUAGCAGACCCUCCAAGUUCCCCUAUUUUCCAGGGCUGUUCUGAUUUAGAGAAGCCAUCGUUGAUCCCAGAAUGUCCUGCUUUUCCUUAGGACGUUCCUAUUUUCAUUGGAGAAAUGUUGGAGGGUAUGGUAGGAUGCCCCUAUUUACAUUGGAGAAAUGUUGGAAGUUAUGGUAAGAUGUCCUUAAUUUCAUUGGAGAAAUGUCUGAGAGUAUAACAUAAUAGUCAUUUUGGAAUUGGAUCUCUCAUACAUCCCUCCCAUUAAUAGAUGGGUUUUGAGUACAAACUGCACAAAAGGCUUGCAUAUCCUCCCAAUGCUCAAUAGUGCAGGCUCAGGGUUCUCACAUUUUCAGCUUUCAGUGUUCCUUUUCUUUCCUUCAGCUAUUUCUGUGUAAACAUCCAGAGAGGUCGAGCAGGUGCAAAUCGAAGACGUUGAGCUAUCCACUUGAUCUAGCCAUAUCACUGUAGGCCAGACAUACACAAUUCAUGAAUCGCCAACCCCCACAACCUGUGCGUUGCAGCAUCUCAAGUACUUGACACCUUCCCCCCAUACAUACAAUCUCAAUCUAUCCUGUUUAAGGCAGACAAUAAAAACAGGAAGUUUAUUGAAUAGUCACCGGGGCAAAAUAUUAGGCCUUGGGGCUGAAUUUGGCUGACUGGGUUGCCAGUUGCCCUCUGUGGAUCUAUGGAAUAUAUAAGGUGAAGAGUCUUUAUGUCUGUAAAACUAAACAACAGACUUCGGUAUCAGACUUACCCUGGUCUUCCAGAAAUUAAUCUACCUACUAAUAGUGUGAUCAAUUUUGGAAGCCAUUUCAAGUGACUUGACAUACUAACUUGAAAUGUCAAACAGCAUAGCCUGAUUAAAAGUAAUUAUUCUUAUUUCUGCAUCCAGCAACAUUAAUUUCAUAUUGCCUUUGCAAUAUUGGGAAAAAAUAACUGGGCUGAUCGACAGCAGUCACAAUUUUUUUAAAUAAACUGUUAGAACUGUGUGUCUUGCAUGUGUUGAUAUAGUAUAGUUGCCUUUGCCAACCUGGUACCCUCCCAAAGUACAAUUCCUGUCAACCCCAGUAAGCUAUGUUGACUGGGGAUGAUGGGAGUUGUAGUCCAUGAUGUAUGGAGGGCACCAGGUUGACAAAGGUGGUAUUGCAGGAUAGGAUAGGCCAUGCUUUUUUGUGUCAUCUUCAUAAAGCACUUUCUAGCUGUUUCUUUGGUGAGUGGUGAUGCUAAGAGCUUGGCACACAAUGGAUGGAUUUGCAGGUGGACUUGCUGGUCGUGAUGACGUCUCCCUAGCAAUGGCAGAAGGCGUCAUUGGUGACUUUUGUGAUUCUCAGAACUCUAUGUAGGGGACUUUGCUGCUGCUGUGAAUGGAAAGUAGAUUGCCCUCUGCAGCCCAGCAGCAUUCACUUCUAACGUGCAACAAAAUGUUGCAGGAAAACCUGCUCCCUUUCUCACGAGUAGACCAGGCAUCACAUGAGGCGGGGUUUGUGAAAAAGGAGUCCGAGUUUAUUUCUGCACAGAAGUUUUGAGCCAGUGGGAUUGCUCUGCAAAGACUGGACCAUGAACAAAAGAUCCAACAGUUUUGAUAUUCAUUGCAGAAAUUACAAAUUCAGUUACCCAAUCAGAUAUUUUUGUUUCUCUCUCAUUGAUAUGCACAUGCUGUCUUCCUGUAAUUGGUCCGAAUUGCAAACAGUGAGAGCAUGCAUACUAGCAGUCUAUAAACAAAGGAAAUUCCUCGUGGUCUGUUAGAUUUUUAUUGCAGGAUUAAGUUUAACCUCUGUAUUGUAUUUCACCCCAGUUCUUGAGCGUGCUCAGAUCGUACCAAAACCUCAGUCCAGUAUGUUUCCCUGUUUUUCAUUACCUCAAAAACAUCCCAUGGAAAUGAUGCUACAGGCCUAGGGCCUAAGAGAAGGGGCAAAUAUAAAUUGGUUUACUCUGAGGCAGCCUGCACUGAUGUCUAGGGCAGUGGAAUAGUAGAUGAAGGCAACUCCACAUUUACACACAUUCAAGGAAUGCACGACUGCACACUCAGGCAUCUCCACGGACCUGAAAAUGACUUUAAAAAUGACAAAAAUAGCCCUAAAAGAGCAUGGGAAGGCUUUUUAAAAAGUGUGUGAACAGCACCUAGCAAUGCCAGGAGCCUUUGCACUGACCGUUGAGGCAUAUGGUAAGUUGGAGUUUGAGAAAGGAGAUUUGGAGGGAGAGAUUGUGGUGGAGUUUGGCAAAGCUUUUGGAGUUUCUGCACAACUUUUUUGAGAUCUUUUCUUAGGAGGUUUUUUUGAUAUUUUUCUUUGAGGAGUUUUUGUCAGCUUGCAUUUCUUAGUACAGAAAGUAUUGAUCUGAUGUGUAGAGAUCUUUCCUAUUCUAAUUAAUUCAAGAGGGUUCUGGAAGCUUCUCUGUGUGAAAGAAACAAGCAGAAGGUUCCUGAUGUUUGGGUUAUUCCUUCGGAGAAGCUGAGUACAGCUGGCUUAAACUGGUUCUCUUAUCUCUUCUGACAAGGUCAUGCUGACUAUAAUAAGAGGCCAGAAGGAGCCUGGGUUUUACUUUUCUCUUUCUAUCUCUUUUCCUUCUGGUGUGGUGUUCUGUACAUAGUAUGCUUAGUGUUAAAGCUUAGAUUUAUUAUAAGUUGUUGUAAGUUUAAGUUAAGUCUGCUGCAACUGGAUUUCUUAUGGACAGUGCCAGUCCUGAAUGUAUUGGAUUUGUGACCAUUAUGCUCAUUUGCCUUCAGUAGCAGUAAAGCCCUGCUGGAUGAAAUAUUAAUUGCCUCUGGUCUGUUUUUGGGGAAUCCUGCAAUGUGUCUAAGUUUUUACUCUGCUAACUAUACGUUGGAAUCUGCUGUGGAUCAAUACUGAGUAGAAUGCCGUGACAGUUUUUUAAGCCUUUUUAAAGAGAUGGCACCUAAACACACCACGUUGCCAUCUUGAUGAUGACAAUCAAAUCAUCAAGUGAUGACAAACCCAAGCCAUUUUGUGCAAACAUUCAGUACCUCAGAACGUAAUCCCUGUGUAAAUGGGGAGUUCCCUGUAUCUGGAGUUGUAUAUAGUGAGGGGAAUGAUCCAUUAGCAUAAGGGUUUUUCCUUGUGCAACAGGAUAUUUCCCUCCCUUUCCUACACAUGUUGUUGUUGAUUAGUCGUUUAGUUGUGUCCGACUCUUUGUGACCCCAUGGACCAGAGCACACCAGGCACUCCUGUCUUCCACCGCCUCCCGCAGUUUAGUCAAACUCAUGCUGGUAACUUCAAGAACACUGUCCAACCAUCUCGUCCUCUGUCAUCCCCUUCUCCUUGUGCCCUCCAUCUUUCCCAACAUCAGGGUCUUUCCCAGGGAGUCUUCUCUUCUCAUGAGGUGGCCAAAGUACUGGAGCCUCAGCUUCACGAUCUGUCCUUCCAGUGAGCACUCAGGGCUGAUUUCCUUAAGAAUGGAUAGGUUUGAUCUUCUUUUGAUCUUCCUACACAUGGUUGCCCCUAAACCUGUUCUGUGGUUCUGCCCAUCCAUCCAAACCAGAUUUUGGGAUGGUGUGGGGCUCAUGCACAGGGUGUGGGGAAAUCCCAUUGUGUUAGCAUUGAUCCUUGUACUAGCGCAAGUGUUUAUCUCUGUAUUGCCCAUGGAUCUUUUUUUACUUCUAUUUUCUUUCAUUUUGUUUUGUACUCCUGAUGUAUGAUUCCAGUAUGAGGUGGAGGGGAAUGGCCAUUGGUUAUUUAAAGUUUAAAUAAAUAAAUAAAUAAAUAAAUAAAGCAGCUGGUACCCCAAUGUUAGUCUCUCAGUUUCAUAUAUCCUAUUCCUUUUAUUUACAUUUUGAAGUUACACUUCAGUGCAAUGAAGACUUGCUCCUGUUAGAAGCUAGUUGCACUCAGCAUACAUCCUAUUUAUUUUUGUAUCUGGAGGUGGCAAAUUUGUGGGAGGCAAACUUACUGCGUUAGCAUUUAAGUAGCUUGCACUUGGCUUUGAAGUGAAUAUGCCAUUAAGAUGAAUAAAGGCAGUUCAUACAGUUCUGCUGGCAUUGUUAUUCCUGUCCAUCUGGGAGCAAAACACACAAUGCAGGAAUACACUGAUUUAUAGAACCAGAGCUUCCUCUGAAAACAGGUCUAGAAACUUUAUUUUCUUUAAUGAAGCCUGCAAAUCUGUCAUGUCGAACCAAAGGGAAGCUACCUUUCCCCUCGAUGUGCAGUGAAUUUGUGUUAUAAUUCACAUUAACUCUUGACACAUUGUAACAUCAGAGGGAGAACAUAGAGCCUUACAUCAUGAAAAGGUAGGAUGUUUUUCAGGAAGUGGUACAUUUAUUGUCUUGUGGGAAGGCAAUGGAGUGGUAGACUUGGAGGUAAUGCUUCUGCUCCGGCCAUUGUAAAUUAAGACGUGGCAGUAGCUGUUUCACAUUUCCAGACAUGUUUAUAAGGGCCAGGUCAGUGAGGAUUAAACAGGAGAAAAUCAACAGGGUUGCACUUUUUCUCUCCUGGAAGCAAGAGUUUCCGUGCCAAAACCAAGCCUAACAGAUCUGGAAAAUCAGAUUCAUCCAAGAGUAUCUAGCACUGUUGGACAACCACUUGCUCAAACACCUUGCCCAAGAAGAGUGUUGCCAUAUCAUCUGUGCUGUGUUGCCUUUGGGGUGUUUCUGACUAGAUAUGGGGCUCCUCUGGAUUAUCAUAUAUUGAGGAUUUAUCCUGAUUUGCUUACAGAAAGCUGGUUAGACCAUGUCCAGUUUUCAUUAACCAUUUUCCAGAUUUGUUUGUGGGCGAUCGUAGAGUUUGGAUUUGAUAUCCCGCUUUAUCACUAUCCGAAGGAGUCUCAAAGCGGCUAACAUUCUCCUUUCCCUUCCUCCCCCACAACAAACACUCUGUGAGGUGAGUGGGGCUGAGAGACUUCAGAGAAGUGUGACUGGCCCAAGGUCACCCAGCAGCUGCAUGUGGAAGAGCAGGGAAUCGAACCCGGUUCACCAGAUUACGAGUCUACCGCUCUUAACCACUACACCAUACUGGCUCUAGAGUCAUAUACUUGUAGAAUUGGAAAUGAACCUGAGGAACAUCUAGUCUAGGGCUAUCAAACGUCCUGAUUUUCCAGGACAUGUCCUGGAAUUCGCCUCAAAAAAUGGCAUCCUGGAUUAUUUUUUUGGAAAUUGGGGAAAUAUUCUGGAAAACCAGCAAUGGGGGGUUUACUAAACAAAGCUCAACAACUUUUGGGAUGUUUCAGCUAAAUAAUACAUGACAGGGGGCCAUUCAACCUCUGCUUAAAAUAUCCAGUAACGUAGAGUCCUCCACCUCUUGAAGGAGUCCGUCUAAUAGCUCUUACUGUCAGAAAAUUCUCCCUGAGGUUUAGUCAGAAUCUCCUUUCUCGUAACUUGAAUCCAUUGGUUUGGGUCAUAGCUUCCAGAGCAGGAGAAAACAAGCUUGCUCCAUCUUCCAUGUAACAAAUAAACACUUUUUUUGGGGGGGGGGAUCUUUUAAGGUAACACACUUUUGUAUAUUAUUUUCAUGAAUGCAUGUGUUUUCAUGCACACUUUAUCUUUAUCUCUACAUAUUUGAACACAUUACCCACCUGGAGAACUGACUGCACAUUGGUAUUUGCAAGUGUAUGGCAAAAUUCAGAUAACUGCACAUUUUAAAGGAUAGGUCUGUUUUGUUUUUGUUUUUUUUAAAUGAUAUUUAUUGAGAAUUUUUUUAAAAAAUUGCACAAAAAGAAAGAAACAAGACAAAAAGAAAGAAAAAGUAAAAGUAAAACCAUCAUUCUCCAAUUUUCCACUUUCAAUACCUUCUUUCCUUGACCUCCUCCUCCUCCCUUUUCCUGUAUCCUGAUUUAUAAUAAUCACAGCAAAUCCUUUCCAUAAUUCAUAAUAUUCUGUCCUCACAUUACCUUAAUCUAUUUUCAUCUUAUCUUAUAUAUAAAAAAGUUUAAAACUUAAAUCUUAAUUUUUACCAACUUCUCCUAACCAUAACAUUCUUACCUAAUUCUUUAGACAUUUUUAUAAGAGCCAAAUAAUUUCAUUUCAACAUUUUCCUAACAUUCAUCAAUUUUGUAAAACAGUCCUAAUGAAAGAAAUAGAAAUUUAAGCAAUCCAAUCUUCAUCCAGCGUCCCUUCCUCCUGGUCCCGGGUUUUGUCAGUCCUUUUUGUCCUAUUAAUCUAGCACAUUAACCUGGCAAUCUUAUAUCCGAGGCCCUCAAGUCUCUUCCAUGUCCCAUCCACAGCUCUUCUUCAUAUUUUCCUUCUAUUCGUGGGAACUCCAGCUUGGUAAUGUUUUUGACCCUUUUCAACAAAACAGUCCCUUUUCCAUAGUCCAGACUAGACUCGAUGUAGUAUUUAAAAACAUGUUCCAGAUUCCCUUCAAAGUUGAGAGCCCCCACUGCUCCAGACAUCUGACGGCCCCUUUCCAGACUCGAAAAGUCCAAAUCUCCCUGUAUAGGGGGGUCUAUCCAACCCCCCAUUUCCAAACCAAACCAAAUUUUAUCUUUCCAAGUCUGGUCUUUUCCAAGUUCAUUUGUCAAGUCCAAAAAUUUAUAUUCCUGCUGGGCCGCAGCUCCUUCCGUCUCUGGCGCCCAAGAUUCAGCAGAAUCCUCAUCUCUCAGCUGUUCUGUCAUGGCACGCUCCUGUUUUAGUUCCUGGGUGGGCUCCAUAUAGUUUCCCACUACCUGUUCAAAGGUUCUGGCCACAUUAGUCAUCAAAUCCGUCUUCUGGCUUAACUGAUCCAAUAGGGCAUUUAUUUUGCAGAAAGCACCCAACAGUGCUUCUGCAGACAUUGUCCUGCAAGGUCACAAACCCUUUCCCACGGUUGUAAUCAGUGACAGCUGCAAGCUCCCAGGGAUUAGUUACAAUUUCACAGUUCCCCUCUAGGGGGAAAAACUUCUGAUUGUUCUUUCUCUUAAAAACAAUAGCAACAAAGUUUCUUUUUUAAGAUAUUUUGUCCAUAUUUGUUCUUUUAAGAUGUGAAAGGGAGCAAUGGAGUCACUAUGUUUCUCUUCUUUUAACUAUCUGUCAAAGACAUUUGUUUCUGGUCAGUGAGCUUCAAACGUCAAUUCUGACACCCCGCUCCAGGAUCAGGACGGUGGAAAAUGACUUUGCUUUAGAUUCACUUCUGCAGGUUUAAACAGCUCGAAAAAAGCUCCCCUUCUUCUCCUGCUACCGAAGGGGGGUUCAGCAAUUUAAAUGAUGAAAGUCAAUCCUUUAAGAGUGAUUUUUAAAGCUCUAGUUUGCUUUGUCUUUGCUUUGUUCUGGCUACAGGGAAACGGAAGGCUGACUUCCUGUUUAAACCUUUCCGUUUCAGUACCAAAUUAGGGUAAAUUUUUAAGUCCAAAUUCCUUUCUAUUUCACCAGUUCUUAUUUAAAGUCCAGAUAUUCAAUGUUCCAUUACUCACGGUUGGUUAUUUUAGAUGCCAAAUUGUCCCAGGAAAAAGGCAGCGCUCUCCGGCAACGGCUAUGCGGCUUCGCUCCGCAGGAAAAGUGAUUGACUCACAGCACCGUGCCACUUCCCCCUCUUUGCUUCGGAGCCCGUUUGUGGGUUCCUUUGCGGGUUGGGGGGGCGCUAAGGGUGCCCGCCGAGUCCCACGGUCACAGGCUUCAUCCGCCUGUGAUUUCCAGAAGGGUCCCGCUUCACCGCAGCGGAAAAGACCCGUUUCAUGCGGAGCUGGUCCCUCCAGUUCGGAGGGAGUCCGCCAUUGCCGAUGGCGCCAUCCCGGAAGUCGGAUAGGUAUGCUUUGAUUUGAGUAUUGUUUUGGAAAGUACAAAUUGUUUUAGGAAAGUACAAAUUAUGUAGGCUUGCCUUUAAAUGUGAAUCAAAACUCCCCAAUUUACUCAAAUGUUUAUACAAAAUCUUUCUAUCGUAAUUCCUUUUUGAUUGCUUGGUCUGAAUGUUUUUUCACCUUCCUUAUUAAGCAAAAUAUCUGCAAAGACCAGGUUUCAAUAGUUGUAUGCAAUAAAGGUGUUAACUUUUUCUUCUUCUUUUACCGGCACUCAGUCAAUUUAUUUUUAAGUUCCUUAUUUGGAGCAAGAAGAUAGGUGUGAUUAUGUGAUCUCUUCUCCUCUUCCAAUCCUCACCAGCCUAGAGGAAGCUUGUAGCUUGUAAUGUCACUUGGGAUGGUUUGCCCCCAUUGGGAUUUCCAUCUGUCAUAAGGAAAUAGAGGUUUGCAUAGGAGCAAAUGGAAUAUGGUAAAUAGUUCAUUCCUGCAAGUGCAGAAAUAGCUUAGGUGAUAUAUCUCAACAGUGCACAAUUUCAUAUUCGUUUUAUAAGAAGCUAGAAGGCCAUCAAAUCUGACACAAUGUUGUAUGUCUGUGGAGAACUAUUGUUGUUGGACAACAGAUAAAUAGAAUGAAAGAAAAAUAAUAUUAAAGUGGGGAAGAAUGAGAUGUUCUUCCUCGUCACAUCCGUACUAAGGCUACAGAACUAACAGGGAACCACUGAGAGAGGGGCAGAAUGUUGGGAAGAGAUUUCAUCUUCAUAGUGAACAUACUGGAAAGAAAACAGGGUCACUCAAAAAUAAAGUAGCAGUUUCUUCAUGCGUGGCUCAGGGCAACCAGAAACUCCUGACCAUGUCUUCUUUCACUGCCAAUAUUUUACAGACAUACGAGUUAGGUUCAUCCUGCCAAUACUACACAAAUUGCCUGGAUGGACAGAACAAGUCUUUACCUCCUUGCUCCUUCAAGAUGCAAACCCAGAUGUAACCUACUCAGCAGCCAGAUUUCCGGUGCUUUGGUUUGCCAAAGAAUGGUUUGGCAUUGAAGACCUUAAGGGCAGAAGGGAUAUGUGAAUUACCUCUUGUUAUGAAAAAACACAUUAUGGCCUGCAUAGACAUCUUACUGGCAUUCACCGCUUUUACAAAAUAUCCAGUGCAAUAAUCUGAUUGCCAUAAACCUGCUUUGCACGGACUUCCAGCACACCAGACUCAUGCUGACAUUUUCUGAUUUGGCUGCUCCUAAAAAGCUCCUGAAAUAUAGGGCCCUCUUAUAAGACUAAAUUUGAGUUGAGACGAGUUUUUAAAGAUACAGAAUGAAAACAACUACUGCCAAAUUUGUUGUAUUGCCGGACUGACCCUGAGCAAUCAAUGCCCUCUUUGUCGGAGGGAACUUGCCAUAGGUCCAUGGUUCAUUUGGCAGGGCCGUUAAGGAUGGAUACGCGCGAUGCACCCAGCCGUAACACUCCCUUGGAGAGGAAAACCUUAGAGCAAAAAGGCCAGCUACAUAAAGAACACCAGCCCAAUCUAGAUAAGUCAAAGACAGGACAGUCCAGUAGCCCCUUAGUUGAUCUCGAAAUUCACCAUCUAUUACCCCAGCUGGAACCCGAUCAGCCAUCGCCAAGUGACGCUCCUGCCAAGGGAAACGUGACACACAGACAAACAGAAUGGUUUGGGUCACUUACCAGACCCAAACUGAUGGCUUGUAUGCCCUCUUUGGUACCCACCCUUCUAUAGUUACUUUUGCAACUGUUGAUUUUAAGUCUUACUCACCCCACCCUAUCUUUGAGUCACUCCUUUAACACGUUUUAUCUGUGUUACUUCCUAAAUCACUGUGUGUUUCUAUUUUAACUUAUGCUGGUCUGUGACCGUAAUAAAGAUGGUGAUCGUGAUGAUACAGUCAAACCUUGGUUCCCGAAUGGCUUAGUUGCCAAAUAAAUUGGCUCCCAAACACAGCAAACCCAUUUUUUCGGAAGCUGAACAUCCGACACAGCUUCCGUUUGAGUGCAGGAAGCUCCUGCAGCCAAUCGGAAGCCACGCCUUGGUUGUCGAACAGUUUCGGGAGUCGAACAGACUGCUGGAACGGAUUAAGUUUGAGAACCAAGGUACCGCUGUACUUGCAUACCUUAAAGGUAAAGGUAAAGGGACCCCUGACCAUUAGGUCCAGUCAUGGCCGACUCUGGGGUUGCGGCGCUCAUCUCGCUUCUGGGUCAUGUGGCUAGCAUGACUAAGCCGCUUCUGGCGAACCAGAGCAGUGCACAGAAACGCCGUUUACCUUCCCGCCAGAGCAGUACCUAUUUAUCUACUUGCACUUUGACAUGCUUUUGAACUGCUAGGUUGGCAGGAGCAGGGACCAAGCAACGGGAGCUCACCCCAUCGUGGGGUUUCGAACCGCCGACCUUCUGAUAGGCAAGUCCUAGGCUCUGUGGUUUAGCCCACAGCACCACCCGUGUCCCUACUUGCAUACCUUAGGUAUGCAGAAAUACGGCCUAUCGGGCUUCAUGCUCAGGUACCACCACUGCAAGCACAAGCACCCACCACAAGCGCUGGCUCAUCCCUCUCCCUGUGCUCAGAGGUGGUGGUGCUGAGGAGAGGAAACAGGAUGUUCGAGGAUCAGAUUGGAAACCGGAGUGGCUUCUGUAAUUCCGGGACCAUCCUGGGAAAAUCGGGACAUGAAGGGUACGCACAGGUGCUGCGAAACCCAGCCCAGCACAAAAUGACUGCCGUGGGCAACAAAACAAGAAAUGUUGGUACUCUGCAUCAGUGAAUACGGUCACAGAAAAAGCCUAGGUACAGUGGUACCUCGGGUUAAGUAGUUAAUUCGUUCUGGAGGUCUGUUCUUAACCUGAAACUGUUCUUAACCUGAAGCACUACUUUAACUAAUGGGGCCUCCUGCUGCUGCCGUGCUGCCGGAGCACGAUUUCUGUUCUCAUCCUGAAGCAGAGUUCUUAACCUGAGGUACUAUUUCUGGGUUAGCAGAGUCUGUAAACUGAGGCAUAUGUAACCUGAAGCAUAUGUAACCCGAGGUACCACUGUAGUUGGAAAACUGAAUCCCUCUAUGUCGGUCUCCAGAUUCAGAACCCACAAAGGCUUGAGUCCUGAGUAACAGCAGAGUCUUAAUCUUGGGAGAAAAGCAAUGACAAACCUAGACAGCAUCUUAAAAAGCAGAGACAUCACCUUGCCAACAAAGGUCCGUAUAGUUAAAGCUAUGGUUUUCCCAGUAGUGGUGUAUGGAAGUGAGAGCUGGACCAUAAAGAAGGCUGAUCUCUGAAGAAUUGAUGCUUUUGAAUUAUGGUGCUGGAGGAGACUCUUGAGAGUCCCAUGGACUGCAAGAAGAUCAAACCUCUCCAUUCUUAAGGAAAUCAGUCCUGAGUGCUCACUGGAAAAACAGAUCCUGAAGCUGAGACUCCAAUACUUUGGCCACCUCAUGAGAAGAGAAGAUUCAUUGGAAAAGACCCUGAUGUUGGGAAAGAUGGAGGGCACAAGGAGAAGGGGACGACAGAGGACGAGAUGGUUGGAUGGUGUUCUCGAAGCUACCAACAUGAGUUUGACUAAACUGCGGGAGGCAGUGGAAGACAGGAGUGCCUGGCGUGCUCUGGCCCAUGGGGGCACGAAGAGUCGGACAUGACUAAACGACUAAACAACAACAACAACUUAAUCUGGCAAUGGUCUCUCUGUCUGUCUCUCUUACCCAUUGACACCAUAUUGAUAGGCAGUUAGUAGCACAUAAACUGCCGUUUGCAAAAAAAAUACAAAGACAAUCUAUGGAGUGCUGUUUUAUUUGGAGUCAAAUAUUGCAAUACAGCUCCAGUAGUGAAUACAAAAAUCCCUCUUUAUUGUCUGUGCUCAAAGGGUGCAUUAUUCUUCUGUGAUCUACACUGGAACUUGCUAUCACACAUGCAAUUACUUAAAUGUCAAGAUCAGCUUCGUCAAGGUUCUUUCUUAAAACGAUCAUAUAAUUUGUUGUUUUCACCCAACUGCUUCUUAAAUGCAAACAUGGAAAUUUACUUGCUUUGCCAUCUGAAUUAUUUACAUCCUAUAAAUGACAUGCAUGUGUACAAACAAUUAAGAACUGUAAAUAGAAUAGAAAGCCUCCACAGAGGCUUGUGAACAUAACCCUGUGUGUGUGUUGCUUCAACUGUGUUAUGAAACUGCUGAGGACUUAAGAGUCAUUACUGCCAUUUUAACUGAAAGCGUAUUGGCCCCGUGAAAGAGACAUUGUGCUUAUAAAUAUUUUACAGUUAAAACUGAAUUAUUGAGAAAAAGUGAAAUUCAAUAAUCUAGGAUGCCUUUAGCAUUCAUUCUACACAAAGAGUGUCUAGCUAUAAGCAGGAGAUCAGGAAGCCUGAACUUGCAGAGGCCCAUUGUUCUUAACUGAAUAUUUAAACUUCCAAAACUUGCCAAGGGAAAUGCUGUGUGGGAAUGAAUAAUUUCUUCUCCUAAAAGCUUAACCACUACAGUCUGCUGUACUUUGCUAUGUUCUAAUCAAUGGGUGGGCAAACUAAGGCCCGGGGGCCGGAUCCGGCCCAAUUGCCUUCUAAAUCCAGCCUGUGGAUGGUCUGGAAAUCAGCAUGUUUUUACUUGAGUUGAAUGUGUCUUUUUAUUUAAAAUGCAUCUCUGGGUUAUUUGUGGGACAUAAGAAUUCAUUCUUUUUUUUCCCUUCCCCAAAAUAUAGUCCGGCCCCCCACAAGGUCUGAGAGAGAGUGGACCGGUCCCCUGCUGAAAAAGUUUGCUGACCCCUGUUCUAAUUCAUCCAAGUAUUCAAAUAGGAUACAACUCACUUUGGUGAGCACUUAAAAUGUCACAGACUCCAACACUGUUGCUGCUUUCGCUCACAGGGCUUGUUCUACAGCUGUUGCCUUUUUUGAUGAAAUAAUUUUUAUUUGAUUUUACAAGCAUAUAGUUACAACAAUACAAAAUACAUAUGCAUAUUUGGAGAUUUCUCCGAAUCUCUAGACUUCCCAUCUUCCCCUGCAUGGGUCCUAUUAUAAACCUUUUCAACUGCACAUUUUUUCAACAUCCAAAUUGUAUGUCUCUCCAAUUUUAUCCACAAUAUCUUCUACAUUACAAGUAAUAAUAAUAAUAAUAAUAAUAAUAAAUUUAUACCCCACCCAUCUGGCUGGGCUUCCCCAGCCACUCUGCUAAUGUUCAUGUUAAUUGCAAUUCUGCUAAUGUUUUCAUCUGCUUACAGUGAUCUCUCAAGUAAACUUAAAAAAAAAAAGUCCCAUUCUUUACUGAAGUUUUGGUCUUCUUGGUUCCUUAGCUUUCCGGUCAGUUUUGCCAUUUCAGCAUAAUCCAGCACUUUAGUUUGCCAUUCUUCUCUGGUAGGGACUUUGUCUUCCUUCCAUCUCCAGGAUAGUAGCAUCCGUGCGGCUGCUGUUGUGUACAUGAAAAGUCAUUUCUGUUCCUUUGGAAUAUAAGCACCUACAAUUCCUAAUAAAAAAGCUGCUUUUUUAAAAUAAAAGUUAUUUUAAACAUUUUUUUUCAAUUCAUUAUAUAUCAUUUCCCAGAAUGCUUUUGUUACCUUACACAUCCACCACAUAUGGUAAAAGGUGCCUUCUUUUUCUUUACAUUUCCAGCAGAUAUUUGUACUUGUCUUAUACAUUUUUGCUAGCUUGUUAGGAAUCAAAUACCACCAGUACAUCAUUUUCAUAUAAUUUUCUUUCAGCGUACAAUACAGCUGCUGCCUUUACCUAUAGCUCCAUAAAAAUGUACUUGCCAUUUUAUAAUCUGAGGAAGAUGCAUUGUGUGAGACACAGAAGGUAGGAUUCAGCUAAGUUUUACUAGAUCAUUGAAAUUAAGUUAGGUCCAUUCAUUUUGAUGGUUCUGUUCCAAGUAAACUUUCACUGAAUGCCACCCCAAGUCUUGACAUGCAGAAUGAAAAAAAGGUUCCCACAGAAUAUUAUGAAAGCCACUCAUUGAAUCUUGGUCAACUUUUCAUAUUUACAUGCCAGAAAUGCAAUAUCCCUCUCAUGCCCUCAUUUUCUGCGAUUCUGUGGGGAGGGGGAUGUUAUUGGCUUUUCACCCUUAAUUUUAUUAUGUAUCUUGUGUUAUUAUCCUGUAUUUUUAUGUUGUGAACUUCCCUGAGAUCUACAGAUAAAGGGUGCCCCAGAAAUUUAAUAAAUAAAAUUCAUAAAAAGCUAAGCCCAAGUGGACUGGAGCGACUUCCCAAAGGUUACAUCUGGCUUUGUUUUCUUUUCAUUAAGGAAGUGAGAGCUGGACCAUAAAGAAGGCUGGUCGCUGAAGAAUUGAUGCUUUUGAAUUAUGCUGCUGGAGGAGACUCUUGAGAGUCCCAUAGACUGCAAGAAGAUCAAACCUAUCCAUUCUGAAGGAAAUCAGUCCUGAGUGCUCACUGGAAGGACAGAUUGUGAAGCUGAGGCGCCAAUACUUUGGCCACCUCAUGAGAAGAGAAAACUCCCUGGAAAAGACCCUGAUGUUGGGAAAGAUGGAGGGCACAAGGAGAAGAGGAUGACAGAGGACGAGAUGGUUGGACAGUGUUCUCAAAGCUACUAACGUGAGUUUGACCAUACUGCGGGAGGCAGUGGAAGACAGGAGUGCCUGGCGUGCUCUGGUCCAUGGGGUCACGAAGAGUCGGACACAACUAAACGACUAAACAACAACAAAGGGGGGGGGAGCUCCCAUCCAAGCACUAACCAGGCCUGACCCUGCUUAGCUUCCAAGAUCAGACAAGAUCGGGCGUGUUCAGAGUAGUAUGGCCGUAGCUUUGAAAUGUUAUUAAUGGAAAAUUAAUAAAAAUUUUCUUUAAAAAAGCAAAAGAACAAUAAAAGCUAAGUAAUAGGGCACUUGAUAAGGGUGUAUAAAAUAAUUCAUAGUGUGCAUAAAGUGAAUAGAGACAGUUCUUUCACCAUCUCUCAUAAACCUGAGAUCAUCCCCCACAGUUGACUAUUAGAAAAAGCCCAGAAGUAAUUCUUCACUCAGUGCACAGUGAUGCUGUGGAAUUUCCUAGCGCAAGUUGCGAUGAUGAGGACCAACUUAGACAGCUUUAGAAGAGGAUUCAACAAAUUGAGCUAUCGUUGAAUACUAGCCACAAUUUAAACAUUGAUGUAGAAAUUAUAGUAAAAGUAACGUUAUUUUAAUAUAUUUUUAUAUGAAUGUUUGCUUCCAUUCUAAAAUGCAUCUUCUUCUUCUUUUCCCUGGAAGUGACUUUGGAUAACAGUUCAGGGACAAAAUCAUCAUGGGGAGGAAGGUUGAGGGAAUGAAUACUGAAGGGUUUGUAAAGGUAAAGGUAAAGGUACGACCGAUCAACGGGAGCUCACCCCAUCGUGGGGAUUCAAACCACCGACCAUCUGAUCGGCAAGCCCUAGGCUCUGUGGUUUAGACCACAGUGCCACCCACAUUCCGGUAUGUUGUCAGGUAAUAAAUACCACGCCACCACAUCAUCAUGCUUUUUGUGUUGAAAACUGAGCUUCCCACAUGAUAGAUAAAUCAGAUGACUUAUUUAUUGUACUGCCAGAUCUUAUGCACAUUAGAUUUGCUAAGCAUUCAAAUGUGGUUUUGAGUCAGGGAUUGGUGUCAGGAUGCCACAGAUUAUUCUCUACUUCCUAAGCAGCGAUUGCAUAUUUGUCAUCAAGAGUCCACAGCGACCAAAAGGUUUGCAAAUAGGUGUUGUAGAUGUGAGAAAUGAUAAACCAUUUGAAAUAGCUAUGACAUUUUUUUUCGAGCCUAAGGAACAAUACCUGAUAGUGAUCUGGUGAAGGUUUCUCAAUGAAGAACAAUGCAUAAGAAUUCCAAGUCUGUGCUACUGGAUGGAAAAUGAUGAGCUAUUAAUAGUGUAAGUCCUAUACAUGUCUCUCCAAGCACAAGUCCUAUUGAGUACAUUAGGAUUUACUCCCAUGUAAAUGUGAAUACAACUGCAGCCUAAAUCAGGGCUGUGCUUUACUUAAAUGGGAAGCAAUGCACUAGAAAGCCAACUGCAUCGCAAUGUACAAUUACAAUGUCAAAAAUCGUGAGAACAGUGAACAUUGCCUCCAUCAAUACAAACAUUGCAUAACACAGAUCUCUGGUACCUGGUGUUCAGAAAGGUAUUUUGAAAACAAAUGGGGAGAUUUUACACAUCUGCUAGUACAGACUUGAUUCUAACCCAGUAUUUCCAGUUGAAAAUUUAGAAUAAUAAUAAUAGUACCCACUCGUUUCUACCUCAAUAACAAUUUGCAAGGGAGUUAAUAUUAGCAGCAAUGUGAUGAAUAAGGUACGUCAUGUACCUUGUCUUGCAAAAAUAGCAGCAGGGGAUUGCAGCACGGAUAACUGUGUUCAACGCAGAGGAAAAGCUGGCAGCACAGAGACAUCAUUUACCAAUGUCAGUCUCAUUUCAAUAAUCACUUGAACCUGCUAAUUGUCGGUAAACCUCUGAGCUACACCUUGUGUCGUUUUCCUAUCUCAAAGUGCUUCCAUCUAUCACUGCCACUGAGCUCACUCUAGACUGCUCUCUGCAUUUGAAAAGCUUCCAGUCACGUAGCUGCAUAAUUUACAUGGCAUUCUACCAAGGGGAUAUCAAGACGCAGUGCAAAUUCAGCACAUCAUCCACUUUUCUUAGUGCAUGUAAAGGUGCCAGCUGUGUCCUUAAUUUGGGAGGGCUCUGUACACACAUCUCAGGAGCCCUCUCAGUUUUCCUGGAAAGUACUCCACAGGCUGGAUUGCAUUUCUGCGACACAGUCACUUGAGAAAAUGUAUCCCGUUCAAGUUCCACAUGAUUAUAAAAGGUAAGUAGAUUUAAUAUAGCCAAUUAGCUGCUACUACUGCAAACCCUUCAGGGAUGCUGGUGGCUCUGUGGUUUAGACCACAGUGCCACUAGUGUCCCUGAAGGGUUUGUAGUAGUAGCAGCUAAUUGGCUCUAUUAGGGCUUGCUGAUCAGAAGGUCGGUGGUUCGAAUCCCUGCGACGGGGUGAGCUCCCGUUGCUCAGUCCCAGCUCCGGCCCACCUAGCAGUUCGAAAGCACGUCAAAGUGCAAGUAGAUAAAUAGGUACCACUUCGGCGGGAAGGUAAAUAGCGUUUCCAUGUGCUGCUCUGGUUCACCAGAAGCGGCUUAGGCUAAGCCGCUUAGUCAUGCUGGCCACAUGACCCGGAAGCUGUCUGCAGACAAACACCGGCUCCCUUGGCCUAUAGAGCGAGAUGAGCACAGAAUCCCAGAGUUGUUUGCGACUGGACCUAACGGUCAGGGUUCCCUUUACCUUUAACACACACAGAGAGAAAAACUUUUUGAAUGAAGGUUCAUUGAAAGUAUGUAUGCAGGUAGAAUACGGACUCGGCUGAACACCAGUUUUGUAUUAUUAUUAGCAGAAGGUCUCAAGUUUGGUCGCUGGUUCUCCAGGUCAGACUGUCAAAGACUCCUUUGUGAAAUUUUGGAAAGCCACUGUUCUCUGGCAGUUUUGUCACCAAUGUAACAUUUGUAAACUUUUUUUAUAUGCUAUAUUUAUUUUAGCUAAUAUGAUUUAAACUCCAAUUAAUCAUGAAAUAUUUGUGUUUUAAAUGGAUUAAUCUUCCCUAGAAAAAAAAUAAUCAAGGAGUUUGCCAAAAAAUAGUUUCAAUGUUUUUUUUGUGAUGUGUUUUACGAGAUGUGACCAACAUGUUUGGAACCUCAAGAAUUUAUCUGUAACUUUCUUAUUUUCUAAAUGUGUGAAUCAAAAAAUAAAUCCCAUCUGCAGCAAUAUGCAUUUUGUAACAUGCUCAACCAGUGUAAAUUAUAUUGUCCUAAGCUAAUCUCAUUUUGUUCCUAAUGUACAAUUUCUUCUUAAUUCUACAAAUGAGAAAGCAAAACUAUCAGUAGUACAAUAAAAGGACAUUAACCUAUUGUCUAUUUUCUUGGAAAGGUCUUUAACUAAACUUUAGAAAAUAAUUAGAGAAAUUCUGAGUCAUCUUGCAUGUCGUGCUUCUGGUUGUUUUACUCACAUGUAAAAUGCCACCUUUAAAAAACUGUUGGCAGAUUAUUGUGGAUUUGAUUGCUGGUUUGAUGUGAAUGAUUUUUGGACUGGGGGAGGUUGAAGUUUGUUUAUUUUUUAAAUAAUGGAUAAGUAAUACAGUGGUACCUCGUGUUAAGUACUUAAUUCGUUCCGGAGGUCCGUUCUUAACCUGAAGCUGUUCUUAACCUGAAGCACCACUUUAGCUAAUGGGGCCUCCUGCUGCUGCCGUGCCGCUGGAGCACGAUUUCUGUUCUCAUCCUGAAGGAAAUUUCUUAACCCGAGGUACUAUUUCUGGGUUAGCGGAGUCUGUAACCUGAAGCAUAUGUUGCGCGUUGAGGUCCCCAAGACACCCCCCCCCAAAGAAAACACAAUUGACACUUAAUUUUUGUUUAAGGUUUUUGGCAUAAUUUUGGCCACAACUUUAUUCGAAUUACAGCAAUGUGAGUGGUUGCUAAGGCAUUGGUAGCACUAACUGACCCCGCACGGGGACAGCUCUGACAUUCGCACCCCCCGCGAAGUCAGCAAGGGUAAGUCACCUGGGGACAGAGACGGAACUGGGAACCAUGCCUCACCUCUUCCCAGAAUGCUCCCAGGGGCUUGCGUGGCCCUAGCCCCUUGCCAGGGGGUUUCGGACAAAAGCAUGGGGCGCCCCUGGGUUCCUUUAACGGAAAACCCUUGAAGCAGCAGCAGCAGCAUUUUGGAGGGGCAGACACAGCCGAAUCCAUACCACUCCACCAACCAAUUCCAAGACCAAUGCCUAACCGCAAACCUUACAAGUUGUGACGAUUUGCUACGCAGUAGGCAAAAACCAAGUGGCACACACUAAUCAGCCAAAUGGACAAAAUUCCUACCGGGCCCCUGCCCCAAAGCAGACGACCCCAUGACAGGCAUAGCAAGGUCAAGCAAACAGCCUAAAAUUAGGGAAGGGAGGGCGGGUGAUCCGAAGUAAGCAGCGAAAAGAGGAAGUUCUUCGCUGCGAGCAUUGUAUUUAACAAAUAGGGCUGUCAAUCAGCAAAUGGCAACAUCUAGAUAUCCCCAGUAACAGCCCGCCCCUGCUUAAAGGAUGGCCAAACCAUUUGCCUAGUAACAGUGAGGUGUCUUGUCAGCCCCGCCCGCAACCUGUGCUCUCCAUGAGGGAGAACACACUUAACCUGAAGCGUAUGUACCCUGAGGUACCACUGUACUUGAGUAUUGUUAAUGUUGUUCACUACUAUUGAUACAGUUGGUAUGUUCCCCCCUCCCUACAUGGAUGUUAUGUUAUAUGAAAUAUUAAUGUAUUAUAUGAUCUCCCCCCUUUUCCCCUAUGGUAUUAUGUAUUGUAUAUUUUUGUUUGUUGUCACCUGGAGGCCUUCGGAUGACAAGUGACUAUUAAAUCAAUCAAUGAAAGAAAGAAAGAAAGAAAGAAAGAAAGAAAGAAAGAAAGACUUUGGGAAAUUAUAUUUAAAAAUGAUGUAAAACAUGUUUACAAUAUAUGGAAAUGAAAAAUGGAUCUGUGGGUUUUUUAUUUAAUUUUUAUAAACGUAUUUUAUUGGUUUUUCAAAAAGAAUAUGAGAAUGUAACGUCCCAUAACAAUGAUUUGCCCUCCCCAUGUCCUCCUCCAAAGCAUAGUGUCCUAUGGGAAAAGGUUAUUACAAAGAAAAAAGGGUCUGUUAUGCUGACAUUUUCAUGGAAUUAUCUUAUAGACCAUAGUGAACUAGACAGACAAGUUGUCAGACUUGGUAUAAGGAACUUUCUGAUGUUCCUAAUCAGUACAGUGGUACCUUGGUUUAAGAACAGCUUAGUUUAUGAACAACUUGGAUUAAGAACGCUGCAAACCCGGAAGUAGGUGUUUUAGUUUGUGAACUUUGCCUUGGAAUAAGAACAUGUAUCGCUUCCUGUUGAGUGUGUUCCAUUUAUAAAUUGAGUCCCCCACUGCUAUGGUAAAGCACGCCUUGGUUUAAGAACGCUUUGGUUUAAGAACGGACUUCUGAAAUGGAUUAAGUUCGUAAACCAAGGUACUACUGUAGAUGAUAAACAUAAUGAAGCUUUCAUCCAAACAUAUUCACAACUCUUUGCAAAUAGGUGAUGGCAGUACAGACAAGAGCAUUUCUGAGCAUAUGAAGUGUGACUUCCUUUUGUUCUCGUUGUACUGAGGAUAUAAAUUUGUGUCCCUUCUCUUAGAAUAUAGGUUGACACAUGAUCUUAAAAUUUAGGUGGUGCAAAAGCACUCCUAAUUGUUAUGAACACACACUCAAAAUGCAUUCAUAGAUUUGACACUACGUAACCAAUUUUAACCAUAAAGAAGGAUCGCCGAAGAAUUGAUGCUUUUGAAUUAUGGUGCUGGAGGAGACUCUUGAGAGUUCCAUGGACUGCAAGAAGAUCAUACCGAUCCAUUCUUAAGGAAAUCAGCCCUGAGUGCUCACUGGAAGGACAGAUCCUGAAGCUGAGGCUCCAAUACUUUGGCCACCUCAUGAGAAGAGAAGACUCCCUGGACAAGACCCUGAUGUUGGGAAAGAUGGAGGGCACAAGGAGAAGGGGACGACAGAAGACGAGAUGGUUGGACAGUGUUCUCGAAGCUACCAGCAUGAGUUUGACCAAACUAUGGGAGGCAGUGGAAGACAGGAGUGCCUGGCAUGCUCUGGUCCAUGGGGUCACGAAGAGUCGGACACGACUAAACAACAACAACAACAAACCAAUUUUAAAAUAUUGGUUAAGUGAGCAGGGCUGUUUCUUUCGUUCUCCAGCUCUGCAAAGUUCUCUUGGCCUUAAACAUUUCUUAUUACUUUGUGAGACCUUGGCUCUUUUGACGUCUGCAUUUGCUGUUGGAAUUAUAUCCAUCAAAGGCUCAGGCUGUCACUGUGAGGCUUACCUACUGGAACAAUGUCCAAGAAAGGAUCUAACACCUCCAUGAAUCAAACAUUUAUUCAUUUUUGUUUCUGUGCCAGGUAUCAAUAAAGCUAACUAUCCAGUGUAAAUAAUUGGGCUAGCAUCUAAAUGAACACUGACCAAAGGCAAAUGGGAUGAGAGCCAGCUGCUGGCUGUCAGGAGAAAGAUGGAGAGCUUUGUCCCUCCUGCAACAGCCCACUGUGUUUCUAGGAUGCACAUGGAAGAGAUUACGCCUCUCUUCUGGUGGACCACUUGGUUUAUUUGAUGAAGAGGAGGGCAGAGAGCCCUCUCUCUCCUGCACCAUUUUCUUUUCUUUUCUUUUCUUUUUUUAUUGGCUUAUUUUUUUUUUUUAUACAGACAGCAAAACAAAGAAGUCUAAAUUAGCAUUGCCUUCUACCGAUAAGAAAUACCGUAUUUUUCGCUCUAUAAGACGCACUUUUCCGCCUCCAAAAAUUAAGGGGAAAUAUGUGUGCAUCUUAUGGAGUGAAUGCAGGCUCCUUGGCUUCAGCGAUAGCAACGCGAAGCCUCCAAAGUGCAGAGAGAGUGCUCCCUCCGCGCUCUGGAGGCUUCACGUUGCUUUCGCUGAAGCCUGGAGAGUGAGAGGGGUCGGUGCGCACUGAUCCCUCUCGCUCUCCUGGCUUCGCUUCUCUGGAGAGGCACUGCACAGCGCCCCUUCAGCGAAGCGGGAGGAGAAAUGGAAGGGGCUCCGUUUCUCCUGCCGCUUCACUGAAGGGGCACUGAGCGGGGAGGGGGAGAUUUUUGUCUUCUUGUUCUCCCCCUCUAAAACAAGGUGCAUCCUAUGGUCGGUUGCGUCCUAUAGAGCGAAAAAUACAGUAAUAAUAACUAUUACAAUAAUGAAAAUACUAAAAGUACAUAUACUUCCCCUUUUAAACUUCUAUUCUGGUUACAAUAUAUUACUAUUCUAUAAGAAUCUAUUAUAUCCUUUGCUGUCCCAUAUUUUAUUUUAUUUCCCAAAUUCAACCUAACCCUCCCCUCCUCCCCACUGCUUCCCUUCACCUGUGUGAGAUCUUCCCAUCAUAAUAUAUUUUUUUCUAGUUGCUUUGAUAAAAUAGAGUAACUUGAAAACUGUUAAAUUAUAAUUACUUCUUUUGUCCUUACACUCUUAACAAUUUCCUAUUAAGAGUUCUGCUUUAACACCAUAUUUCUUCCUGUAUUCCCCUACGCAUUCCCAUUCUGUAUAGAAUUUUUGAUUGGAGCAGCCCCUGAUUGCUGCAGUCACAAAUCUUAACUUGCCAUUCUGUCAUUUGUGGUACUUUUUCUGUUUUCCGAUAUUUUGCCAUACGUAUUCUUGCAGCUGCGGUUAUAUACAAAAAUAUAUUCCUUUUGUCCUUGGGUAUGUUGUUUGUCAAUUAACUCAGUAAGUAUGACUCUGUUUUUUUAAAAAAUAGAGCUCCUGAGGAACUUUUUGAUCUACUCAUGUAUCUCAUUCCAAAAUUGUCUUACCACCUUACAGCCCCACCACAUAUGGUAUAAUGUCCCCAUCUCUUUCUUGCACUUCCAUCAGAGAUUUGGAUGCUUUUUAUAAUUUUUUGCUAAUUUUACUGGGGUGAGAUACCAUCGAUAACACAUUUUCAUUAUAUUUUCUUUUACUACAUAACAAGCUGUAAAAUUUAUAUCUGUUUUCCUACACCAUAUAUUUUGUAGAUGUGGAUCUGCUCUCGUCUAAUUUUCAAGAACAAACAUGCAUAAGGUAUCUUUUCAAAAUCAAAGCUAAAUCAUUUGUUGCUUGAUGCACUUCAUGUUGCUACUUAGUAGCUAAAGGUAAAGGUAAAGGGACCCCUGACCAUUAGGUCCAGUCGUGACCGACUCUGGGGUUGCGGUGCUCAUCUCGCUUUAUUGGCCGAGGGAGCCGGCGUACAGCUUCCGGGUCAUGUGGCCAGCAUGACUAAGCCGCUUCUGGCGAACCAGAGCAGUGCACAGAAAUGCCGUUUACUUUCCCAUCAGAGCAGUACCUAUUUAUCUACUUGCACUGUGACAUGCUUUUGAACUGCUUGGUUGGCAGGAGCAGGGACCGAGCAACGGGAGCUCACCCCAUCACGGGGAUUCGAACCGCCGACCUUCUGAUCGGCAAGUCCUAGGCUCUGUGGUUUAACCCACAGCGCCACCCGUGUCCCUACUUAGUAUGUUAAUCUCUUAAUGGUCUAUGGGCUGUUGGAUACUUCCAGACAUCACCUCCACCUGCUUCUUGAUCUUGGCCAGAUCCUACAUAAACCCAGAAGCCUGCAAAAUGGAAUCUCUGCAGCUGAAAGGCAGAAAGCUAACAUUUAAACUAAUAACACUACUGAUGUAUACUGGUAACUGACAGCUCCCUGGGUUUCAUUAAAUUGUCUCCUGACAGCUGAAUCAAUGCCAGACAGCAUCAAAUGCUUGCUUUUGGCCAUGUUAGUGCUUCACAUGCGUGCUAUAGCAUCAAAACUAGUUGGACACAUAACUAAAAGCUGAAAACAAAACAAAGCCAGAAAAUACAACAAGGGAAACUUUUUGAGAAUCUUUGUGCAGCUCUUCAAACAAAGGAAGGAUGUAAAUUUUGGGAAACAUUUUACAGCAGCUCUCUAUCUUGACUUUGAUUUUCUAGACGAGGAGAAGAACAUUUCAAGCUUUAAGGGCCAGGCUGCUAGGGACAUGUGGAUGCUGUCGAGAGCAGCAACUCUGCAUCUCCCCGGUAACACCUCAUAAAAAGAAGAUACACACUUGUGAUAUCAUUACACUCCUAAUUCCCUGUUGCCUGCAAGUGCUAACCCAUGAAACAGAGAUCUUGUUUUCUGCAUGUCUUCCUGGAGAUGUGAUACAAGUGUUCACCCUGGCAUGCUGAAAGAAUGGCUGCCAUGAGAUAACUAAUACUGGGGUGUGCUUAGGAACAUUAAUUCUUUUCCUUUGCCUCCAGCAAAUUCUGCUGGACCACAUCCCCCAAAACAGAGCCAAAAUGGAGACAACGACAACCCCAUGUGAGCUUUUUGUUGCUGCUGCUAUCAUUCACACAUAAACAUCUGCUGUCAUGACCCUGCCUGCCUCAAAUCUUAAGCCUUGCACAGUGUGUUCUGGCCCCCAGUCUUCUAGUAUUCUGAAUUGCCUUAUAACUCACCCAAUAACAUUGAACUCCUCUUCGCAAACAGACCUGUGCCUCUACACAUCUUAUUUUUUUCCUUGACAUUUCCAUGGAAAGAAUUCUGUAGGCUUCAGUGAUGAACUAGAGCACAGCAGACAACAAUAUCUGCAGGGACACAGGUUGCCCACUCUUGUUUUAGCAAGUAGAAACUGUCUUAUCAGUAAUUUGUAUCGGGUCCAUGCUGAAUGUCUGCCAGCAGACAUUUUCACAGCAAAUAGUGCUUCAAGGGGGCCAAAAUACCCCUUGACCUCUUUCACUUCCGGAGUGCUGCUUGCUGUCUGAUUGGCAUGAUCUAUGGCAUACAAAGGUUUUGUAUGGCCAACAAAGGUCCGUAUGGUAAAAGCUAUGGUUUUCCCAGUAGUGGUGUAUGGAAGUGAGAGCUGGACCAUAGAGAAGGCUGAUCGCCAAGAAUUUAUGCUUUCGAAUUAUGGUGCUGGAGGAGACUCUUGAGAGUCCCAUGGACUGCAAGAAGAUCAAACCUAUCCAUUCUUAAGGAAAUCAGCCCUGAGUGCUCACUUGAAGGACAGAUCAUGAAGCUGAGGCUCCAAUAUUUUGGCCACCUCAUGAGAAAAGAAGACUCCCUGGAAAAUACCCUGAUGUUGGGGAAGAUAGAGGGCACAAGGAGAAGGGACGACAGAGGACGAGAUGGUUGGAUAGUGUUCUCAAAGCUACCAGCAUGAGUUUGAGUAAACUGCGGGAGGCAGUGGAAGACAGGAGUGCCUGGCGUGCUCUGGUCCAUGGGGUCACGGAGAGUUGGACACAGCUAAACAACCAAACAACAACAAUGGCAUAAUUUAAAAACCAAUCCAAAGUAUUUCUUCAUGCUGCAAUAGCUCAGUUGAUUGGGUAUCACAUAACAGAACAAUCCCACAUAUGUGCCAUUCAACCAAUGAGACUUGCUAUGUGAUGGCAUCACCAAGCCAAUUCAGAGUGAGCACAUUGGUUUCUAUUAGUCACCCUUCUGAAGAAGUACAUCCUUCUCUCACCAGGAAUCAAUGUGUUAUUAGAUCCGCUUUCGUAUUAAGGGGCAGCAACAGCCGGAAGGUGCUAGAUUUCUCUUGGAUGGGGCCAGAGGAAGAAGAAGGAGAUGGGGAGGGAAUGCUGAACCCAGAGCUGUUGAUGCAGUUAUAUUACCAUCCUCUGGCUGGUCCUCAUAAUAAUUAACAGAAAUACUUUUUUUAUGAAGUUGGACAGACAUAAUAAGAAGCAGCCUGGUUCAAGAGCCCUUCUGGAGUUUGAUCUCAUUUGAUUUCCCUACCAUCACCAAAACCCUUCCAAGGACUGAAAAUGGAAAUAAGGUUGAUUUGCUUGGCUGUUGAUGCCAACAUAGCCUCUUCUCCUUAAGCCUUAUUAGAAAUGUGCUAGAAUAAAUUCGGGGGGCAAGGGUGUGUUUCCCAGAUUUUCUGGUUUUUUUCUAAUCCAUCUCUUGAGACAGUUGUUGGCAUUUAAUAUGUUUCCCAUAGAUAAAAUGAAAUUUGAUCAUUUUGUUUUGGAUCACCAAAGAAAGCAAAUGGUCAGAGUAUUUUUUUGGGGGGGGAGAGGGGGGGGCCCUUGGCUUUAGAGCUUUUGCUAUUAACUGCACUCUGUCAUUUAUCUGGCUCCACCCAAACUCCACACAGCCAAGCUGUGUCCCUCGACCUACCUGGUGCCAUCAUAAGAACAUCCAAAAAGCCCUCUCCAUCAGACCAAAGGCCAAUCUAGUCCAAUGUCCUGCCCACACAAUGCGAACCAGUCAGCUAUGGCCUGUACACAAAAUACCACAAAAAUUCCACAAACCACCUAGACAUAAUCAAAAAACAAUGGGAGGACAACAUAGACUAUGAGAUUAACCCCAUCCAAUGGACCAGAAUGUGGUCUAAACCUCCCUUUAAAUCCAUAUCAGUGAAGAGAAAAGAACUCACUCUGAAAUUGACUUACAGGUGGUACCUAACACCACGGAAACUAACGCUAAUAUUCCUAGGAGCCUCACCAAAAUGCUGGAGAGGAUGCACCUCCACAGGCACAUACCUCCACAUGUGGUGGGAAUGUCCUAACAUCCAACUCUUCUGGACAUCAAUCAUACAAGAAAUAUGCAAAAUAACUAAGCAAGUAUUAGAAGUCACCCCAGAACUGGACCUACUGAACAUCUUCCAGGACAAUAAUGCCCACUCACAUCACAACGAGCUCAUAACCCACCUACUCUCAGCAGCCAGAAGCAUCAUAGCCAGACACUGGAGAGACCUGUCAGGAGUAAGCAUGGACCAACGGUAUUAAAUAAUAUGGGAAACAGCCUUAUUAGAAAAACUAACCAGCAAACUGAAACUGACACAGGGACAAAUAGAAGAAGACGCUUGCACCCCGGUAUGGUUACCCUUUAUCACAUACAUAGCCCAACAAGACAGCAACAAGAACCCACCAACAGCAUGCGACUUAAUCUGGCUAACCUGAUCCAACCUGAGUGCAAUCAUGCUCUUCCCACUUGGGAUUCCAAGCCACUGGCAAUGAGAGGCGUAUUGUCUCCAUCAGUGGAGGGAGAACAUUGCCAUUUUGACGUGCAGUCAUUGAUGGUUUAAUCAUCCAUGAGCCUGCCUAAUCUUCUGUUAAAGCCAUCCCCUGAGCUAGGCUUCACCUCUCUCACCUGAUUCUACUCCCAAAUCUUCCUGGGGCCAUCACUUAGCUCCUCCUCACACAGAUCUAAACCUCAGGAAACCUGGUAGAAGAGUUUUGAGGACUCCGGUAAGGAAUGGCCGAAGCCAAUUUGCUGCCUGAGACAAGAUGGUGCAUUCCCAUUCUGUGCAGAAAAUCUGACUAGACUGGUAAUUGACUCUUACUUCAGUGCUGGCAAUGGAACUAAGUCUCCCACCACAGCCUUGGGCAGCAAGCUAGGUUAGGAACUGCAGGACAAACCACAUAUUUCUAGCCACUUUUCACCUCUCAGCAUUUGCCGCCUGAGGCAACUGCCUCACUCUACCUCACAGAAGUGCUGGCCCUGCUGAGGCUGCACAGCCUCCAUUAGCUCACCAAAUUAGACCCCAGCUGCAGAGCUGAUGCAAGUCCUGCUGGUGACCUGCCAUAUGGCUUCUUUUCGUCCCACUUUGUUUUUCUGUCCCUCUGCCUUCACCUUCCUUUGGUUCUGAGCGGAGGAUGGCAUCUUAGAUCCCAGGAAGCUGAUGUGCAAUGGAGCCUCUCAUCUGCCAUGUACAAGCAAAUCAUUCUGUCUCUCCCCUUGUGCUCUGUUUUCCCAGCCAGCACAAUUAGUAUAAUUAUCUCUCUGUUCACACCUCAGUUGACAGCACAGACACUUCCAGUUUAAUGGGCUGAGACACCGAUGAACUCAGAAAACAGUUCACGUUAUUGUUCCUGGUUUCAAACUGUUCAGUAUAUUUUACUCACCACUACCUGCUUCAGAGCAAAAAGUGCGGGAGGAAAACCUCCCCCAUAAAAUCUAUUCUGUCUCAUUUCAUUGCCUAGAACUUUCUUUGAUUUAUCAUAAAACUGGAGUUAGAAGAAUGGAGGAAGGCUCUUUCAUUUUUCUUUUCUUUCUUUCUUUUCCUUUCUUUUUCCUUUCUUUUCCUUUCCAAAAAGGAAGCCCAAGGUAGUUACAUCUAGGUCAUCCUUUGUGGAAACCACCAUGCACACUCCAACCCCUUCCCUUGAUCUGUACUUGAGGAACUGAAUCUUUUUGAAUUCUGAUGAAAACUGACCUGAUCCACACCUUCUGGCAGAGUCAACCCACCCAUGAGGAAGCUGAGUCACUUUUGCUUAUGAGGAGGCCUGUGUGGUGAAACCAAACCAGCAGGAGUACCAGAUUGGCAGCAUCAGUGCAUUUGCAUCAUCCCAAGCUCUCUGCCAGGGACGCGGGUGGCGCUGUGGGUUAAACCACAGAGCCUAGGGCUUGCCGAUCAGAAGGUUGACAGUUCGAAUCCCCACGACAGGGUGAGCUCCCGUUGCUCGGUCCCUACUCCUGCCAACCUAGCAGUUCGAAAGCACAUCAAAGUGCAAGUAGAUAAAUAGGUACUGCUCUGGUGGAAAGGUAAACAGCGUUUCCGUGUGCCGCUCUGGUUCGCCAGAAGUGGCUUAGUUAUGCCAGCCACAUGACCCGGAAGCUGUACGCCAGCUCCCUUGGCCAAUAAAGCAAGAUAAGCGCCGCAAGCCCAGAAUCGGCCACAACUCGACCUAAUGAUCAGGGGUCCCUUUACCUUUACCUUUACCUUAAGCUCUCUGCCACCUUGCCCAGCUCCCUUUUCGUAAACAGCAGCAACUCAGGGAUUGGAAAACCAAGUCAGCUCCACCAUGCUGUCCCCUGCUGAAUCCUUGCAAAUUCCAAUACGAACUCAUUUGAUCCACAGCUCUGAAACUUAUUAGCAGGUCAGAACCUCAAUAUGCAUGCAGAUUAUGCACUUUUCAAAAUUUAGGAUGUUAUUCUGUGCAUACCUAAUCCCAAGUAAAUAUGCACAGAACGGCACCCUAAUCUACACGCAGGACAGAUUUUGAAAAUUUUAUGCCCUUAAAAUCAUUUGCAGUCAUUACCAUAUAAGAAAUGUAUGGCUGCAUCAGAGAUCCAUAUUAGCACUUACAAUAUUCAGAAAUACAAACCCAUAAUUUGAAUUGCAUGAGAAAUAUGGUGGUUGGUUUUGUUUUGUUUUUUAAAAGCUCAAUCAAAUGUAUGUACAAAAUAAUAGAAACAAUGGGGUGGGAGGAACAAAUGAUUUGAAGAAUAUGUGUUUAUAAACAAGCCUGGAUUCUUCCCCCUCAAACUAGUGUAUCGUGUACCAAAUGAAAUAUAUUUUGACCUUUAACAGACAGCGGCGCUGAUGAUUCUUGCAUUCUGCCUCUCUUGUGCUGACAGGAAGAAAAGCACCAUGUUGCAAAAGGAGCUGCUCAGAUUUGUUUUAGAUUUGACAUUAUAUGCUGCAUAACUCAAGGGUAUAAAUUUUGAUUACCAGGCAAGAAUGGAAGUUUUUUUAAAAAAGAGAGUCACUCGUACAAAAGUUAUUUCAGUUUAAUUGAGUUUUGAAAUACUUUCGCAUACACAACUUAUUGUGAUGUCACAGACUGCCAUCUUAGUAAAAAAAUCCCAUUAGCUCUGCCAUAGCUUUGCUCUUGACAAUGCAUUCUAACUUCAUGAGCCAUCAAGAUAACCUUUGUGCAAUCGGACGAGGGAUGUUCAUAUGUUAUUCAAUCCACCCCAACGCUCAUUUGCACUUUAAUCUGGCAUUUUCUGAUCUGUUGCAGCUAGUUUAUUUCUUCCUUGUUCUUUCCAUGUGAAAAGAACAAGCAUGAAUGAUAAUAAUAAUAAUAAUAAUAAUAAUAAUAAUAAUAAUAAUAAUUUAUUAUUUAUACCCUGCCCAUCUGGCUGAGUUUCCCCAGGCACUCUGGGCGGCUGCAUUCCAUUGGAUUUUUAAAUCUAACCUUUGAUAAUUUUAUGAAUUUGAAGAGGCUUUAUAAAAGCUUUUUUUAAAAGCAUGAGCAGGAAUCUCCAUAUUGGCCUCAUAAUCUGCUCUAGAUCAACUUUGAUAGCAAUGAUGCGUGGUGACAAUUUGAGAGAAAAUAAAACAACUAUGUUUUAAAAAACAACAACAAACCACCAUGAACUUUGACAAUAAUCUAAAAGUCAGUGCUAAAUUCUCAACCAAGGGUGGUGGUUUGCCACAUAUUUAGUGAACUUGGCACAGGUGAUGUUAAGAUGUCAUAGAAUUCGCAUUUCUUUACAUCUCUCUCUCUCUCUCUCUCUCUCUCUCUCUCUCUCUCUCCCUCUAUUUCAUAGGGCUGCUUUUAAUAGUAGCCGAUGCAAACAGAAACUUAGGUUGCCAUCUGUAUCCACUUACCUAGAAACAAGAUCAAUUGUACUCAAUGGGACUUUGAAUAGUUAUGUAUAGGAUUGACUAGGCAUGCAUAAGAAUGUAUAGGCAUUCAAAAUAAUACAUUGCUAUGAAGAUCACUGCAGCUCCUGACAACAUUUGACAUUCACAGCAGAUGGUAAUUCAAAAGAAGAAAUACGGCUUCCACUUUAAAUCUAGUUUUUUUUUUAUUUUUAUUCACUCUGACUAUAUCAUGGCUCCUUUAUAAAAUAAGGAUAGGCUAGAGUUCAGUAACUUUUGUAAGUGUGUGUGUAUGUAUCUAUAAAAUGAAAACGGCAGCUAUUUAUAUCCGAAAGCACUCAAGAAUUGAAUGAUAAAACAGACGAGGAAUAAAAAGCAGAAAACAUUGAAGAUUCAGCAUAAGAUGAAAUGCCAGCAUAGCAUCUUUUUAUGUUCUUAUGGAUGAAUGUAUGGAGGACCAGUCCAUUAGUAACAAUAGCUACACAGGACACCUGUGAUAAAAGAUAAAAAGUAUAUAUAUAUCUGAGUAUCCUACCUUAGGAUCGAAAAAGAGAAUGAUUCCUGCUCGUGAGCUUCCAGGGGGAUCUAAGUCACUACAUCUGGAAACAGAACAGUGGAGCAUAGCCAAAGCUAAAAUCAAAAGUAGUGCAUCAAAGAGUUAAACAUCUUUGUGUAUCUCAGUUUCUGCAGGAUUGUAUGUUGAUAAUGAUUAUAUUGUCACCAAUAUAUAUUGCACUUGGCCACAGUUUAUUAGUUACCCAUAUGAACCAGAAGUUCAACUUAUUUCUGUGUUUAUGGUCAUGGGAGCUCUGGCUACAAUACGCUAAGGUUAACAAUUUUAAUUGAAUUUCUUUUUUUCUACUAAUUGACUUCAAAUUAAAUAGUUACACUAAAUAGCGUACUGCCUUUCCACCCCUACUUCCACAAUCUUUUUGUUUAAACCCUUUCUACUGCAUUAAAUAUGGGACGCGGGUGGCACUGUGGGUUAAACCACAAAGCCUAGGACUUGCCGAUCAGAAGGUCGGCAGUUCGAAUCCCCACGACGGGGUGCGCUCCCGUUCCUCGGUCCCUGCUCCUGCCAACCUAGCAGUUCGUCAAAGUGCAAGUAGAUAAAUAGGCGCCGCUCCGGCAGGAAGGUAAACGGCAUUUCCGUGCGUUGCUCUGGUUUGCCAGAAGCGGCUUAGUCAUGCUGGCCACAUGACCUAGGAGCUGUAUGCCAGCUCCCUCGGCCAAUAAAGCGAGAUGAGCGCCGCAACCCCAGAGUUGGUCAUGACUGGACCUAAUGGUCAGGGGUCCCUUUACCUUUACUGCAUUAUAUAUCAAACUCUCGCCCAUUACACAAAUCCCUCUAAUACAGUUACUUUAUCCUUUUUCUUCCACUGCUCCUAUCUCAAAUCCUGCCCGUGAUUUCAUUUAUUUGUGGUUCCUUCCCCAAUAGCCCAAACAAGGCCUUCAUUCUUUGAAUGGGAGAAUCCCAACAUCACCAUGCAAUCUUCAAUGUGCCAUACACUAUGCUUUUUGAAAAAGAUUCCCAGUGCAUAUUAUAGCCUGUUUUUACUCUGAUCUGACUUGUAAGAGUAUAUUUGGUACUACUUAGCGAUCCAUUUUUAUGUAUAUGUGGAUUUGUAUUUGAAUGCAUGCCUUCAAGAGCAGAAUACACACAUAUAGAGAGGGUGUGUGUGUGUGUGUGUGUGUGUGUGUGUUAAAUUUCAGAUAAAACUAUUCAAGCCAAAGAAAUUGUUUUAAGACCAAAAAAAAAAAGUAUUCCACUGCUAUGUCAACAAAGAACUUUUUCUUUUAGUCCUAAGGAGAGAAGGGAGAGGGAGAGGGAGAGGGAGCUGAAGUUGACAUUCUCACAGUAAUCAUAGCUCUCCCACACACUGCCGCAUACCUGGAAUAUAUUGAAUGUCUUAUUAAAAUUCAAUCCAAAUGGUACAUUUUACAAUAGCUAGGACAAUGUGCUCUGCCCUCAGGAUUGCACACAUGGCUGGCUUCAAGGUGGGUUGCAUGACUACAUUUCAGGGGACGGAAAGAAUGUUAACUUUCUGCAUUUCUUGUCAUGGCACCGGGUAAAAAUGAUAAUGGAGAGCUCUCUCUGGAUUAAUUGCAGGUUUCUUAUUUGAUAUAUGCAUUGCACUUUAUACAUACAGAAUAUAAGCCAAGGUUUAUGUACCACUCAUUAUGAUAAUAAGAAGAAGCUAAUGGAAAUAAAUGUGUGAGGUAGCAACAUUUGGAAUUUUACUGCAGAGUAGAAAAUGGCUUUGAAACAAAAACUGCAAAAUCGCUUGAACCUGGCAAAGGGUGCAUCUUUUCUAUAACUUAGGGGAUGCGCUGCUAAAACAAAGUUUCGCACCAAAAACAGAUGUAACGCUAAACCAAUGUUUAGUGGUAUGUGUAUGAGCAGCAGAAAGCUGCUUUCUGUUCUUGGUUGCAUUCAGUGCUUUUUUUCUGGGGGUACGCAUGCCCCUAUACAUUUUGUGAAUCUAACGGGAGAAGAAACUAAAAAUAAUAAUCUUUUUGUUUGUUUGUUUCUUCUCUAGCACAGUGAAUCCUCAGUUCCAUUGCUACUCCUGAUGGUGGCCUUCUUUCCUGUCACAGUGUUUCCUGAGUCUCAUACAGAAUGAGAGUACCCCUAAACGUGUUUUUUUCUUAGAAAAAAAGCGCUGGUUGCAUUAAGCAUCAAAUCAUUACUUACCCACCAUAGUUUGCCCAGAAAUCAGGAUUGGAAAUUAUGGUUUGAACUUGGUUUUCAAUACUAGUUUCUGGGCAAGCAAUAGUGUAAAUAUAAAGGUAAAGGGUCCCCUUCAUGGAUCACUGCCUUGCCGUGGCGAAGGGGCUUGAAUAACUCAGAGAAGCUAUGAGCUAUGCCGUGCAGGGCCACCCAAGAUGGACAGGUCAUAGUGGAGAGUUUUGACCAAACGUGAUCCAUCUGGAGCAGGAACUGGCAAGCCACUCCAGUAUCCCUGCCAAGAAAACUCCAUGGACAAAGACAACAGGCAUAUAGAAGUCAUGACUCUGGAAGAUGAGCCCCUCAGGUUGGAAGGCGUCCAACAUGCUACUGAGGAAGAGCGGAGGACAAGUACAAGUAGAUUCAGAGCUGAUGAAGCGGCUGGGCCAAAGCCGAAAGGACGCUCAGUUGCGGAUAUGCCUGGAAGCGAAAGGAAAGUCCAAUGCUGUAAAGAAAAAUAUUGCAUAGGAACCUGGAAUGUAAGAACCAUGAACCUUGGUAAGUUGGAUGUGGUCAAAAAUGAGAUGGCAAGAAUAAAUAUCGACAUCCUGGGCAUCAGUGAACUAAAAUGGACGGGAAUGGGCGAAUUCAGUUCGGAUGACCAUCAUAUCUACUACUGUGGGCAAGAAUCCCGUAAAAGAAAUGGAGUGGCCCUCAUAGUCAACAAAAGAGUGGCAAAAGCUGUACUGGGAUGCAAUCUCAAAAAUGAUAGAAUGAUCUCGAUACGAAUCCAAGGCAGACCUUUUAACAUCACAGUAAUCCAAGUUUAUGCACCAACCACAGGUGCUGAAGAAACUCAAAUUGACCAAUUCUAUGAAGACUUACAACACCUUAUAGAAAUGACACCAAAGAAGGAUGUUCUUCUCAUUAUAGGAGAUUGGAAUGCUAAAGUAGGGAGUCAAGAGAUAAAAGGAACAACUGGCAAGUUUGGCCUUGGAGUUCAGAACGAAGCAGGGCAAAGGCUAAUAGAGUUCUGCCAAGAGAACAAGCUGGUCAUCACAAACACUCUUUUCCAACAACAAAAGAGACGACUCUACACAUGGACAUCACCAGACGGGCAGCAUCGAAAUCAGAUUGAUUAUAUUCUCUGCAGCCAAAGAUGGAGAAGCUCUAUACAGUCAGCAAAAACAAGACCUGGAGCUGACUGUGGCUCAGAUCAUCAGCUUCUUAUAGCAAAAUUCAAGCUCAAACUGAAGAAAGUAGGAAAAACCACUGGGCCGCUAAGAUACAAUCUAAGUCAAAUCCCUUAUGAAUACACAGUGGGAGUGAGGAACAGGUUUAAGGAUUUAGAUUUGGUGGACAGAGUGCCUGAAGAACUAUGGAUGGAGGCUCGUAACAUUAUACAAGAGGCAGCAACUAAAACCAUCCCAAUGAAAAGGAAAUGCAAGAAAGCAAAGUGGCUGUCCAAUGAGGCCUUACAAAUAGCGGGGGAGAGAAGGCAAGCAAAAUGCAAGGGAGAUAGUGAAAGAUACAGGAAAUUGAUUGCAGAUUUCCAAAAAAUAUCAAGGAGAGACAAGAAGGCCUUCUUAAACGAGCAAUGCAAAGAAAUAGAGGAAAACAACAGAGUGGGAAAAACCAGAGAUCUGUUCAAGAAAACUGGAGAUAUGAAAGGAACAUUUCGUACAAAGAUUACCAUAAUAAAAGACAAAAGUGGAAAGGACCUAACAGAAGCAGAAGACAUCAAGAAGAGGUGGCAAGAAUACACAGAGGAACCAUACCAGAAAGAAAUUGAUGUCUCGUAUACCCCAGGUAGUGUGGUUGCUGACCUUGAGCCAGACAUCCUGGAGAGUGAAGUCAAAUGGGCCUUAGAAAGCAUUGCUAAUAACAAGGCCAGUGGAAGUGAUGAUAUUCCAGCUGAACUAUUUAAAAUUUUAAACGAUGAUGCUGUUAAGGUGCUACACUCAAUAUGCCAGCAAAUUUGGAAAACUCAGCAGUGGCCAGAGGAUUGGAGAAGAUCAGUCUACAUCCCAAUCUCAAAGAAGGGAAGUGCCAAAGAAUGCUCCAACUACCGCACAAUUGCACUCAUUUCACACGCUAGCAAGAUUAUGCUUAAAAUUCUACAAGGCAGGCUUAAGCAGUAUGUGGACCGAGAACUCCCAGAAGUGCAAGCUGGAUUUAGAAGAGGCAGAGGAACCAGAGACCAAAUUGCAAACAUGCACUGGAUUAUGGAGAAAGCUAGAGAGUUCCAGAAAGACAUCUACUUCUGCUUCAUUGACUAUGCAAAAGCCUUUGACUGUGUCGACCACAGCAAACUAUGGCAAGUUCUUAAAGAAAUGGGAGUUCCUGAUCACCUCAUCUGUCUCCUGAGAAAUCUCUAUGUGGGACAAGAAGCUACAGUUAGAACUGGAUAUGGAACAACUGAUUGGUUCAAAAUUGGGAAAGGAGUACGGCAAGGCUGUAUAUUGUCCCCCUGCUUAUUUAACUUAUAUGCAGAAUUCAUCAUGUGAAAGGCUGGGCUGGAUGAAUCCCAAGCCGGAAUUAAGAUCGCCGGAAGAAAUAUCAACAACCUCAGAUAUGCAGAUGACACAACCUUGAUGGCAGAAAGUGAGGAGGAAUUAAAGAACCUUUUAAUGAGGGUGAAAGAGGAGAGCGCAAAAUAUGGUCUGAAGCUCAACAUCAAAAACUAAGAUCAUGGCCACUGGUCCCAUCACCUCCUGGCAAAUAGAAGGGGAAGAAAUGGAGGCAGUGAGAAAUUUUACUUUCUUGGGCUCCAUGAUCACUGCAGAUGGUGACAGCAGUCACGAAAUUAAAAGACACCUGCUCCUUGGGAGAAAGGCGAUAGCAAACCUAGACAGCAUCUUAAAAAGCAGAGACAUCACCUUACCAACAAAGGUCCGUGUAGUUAAAGCCAUGAUUUUCCCAGUAGUGAUGUAUGGAAGUGAGAGCUGGACCAUAAAGAAGGCUGAUCGCCGAAGAAUUGAUGCUUUUGAAUUAUGGUGCUGGAGGAGACUCUUGAGAGUCCCAUGGACUGCAAGAAGAUCAAAUGUAUCCAUUCUGAAGGAAAUCAGCCCUGAGUGCUCACUGGAAGGACAGAUCGUGAAACUGAGGCUCCAAUACUUUGGCCACCUCAUGAGAAGAGAAGACUCCCUGGAAAAGACCCUGAUUCUGGGAAAGAUGGAGGGCACAAGGAGAAGGGGACGACAGAGGACGAGAUGGUUGGACAGUGUUCUCGAAGCUACAAACAUGAGUAUGACCAAACUGCGGGAGGUAGUGGAAGAUAGGAGUGCCUGGUGUGCUCUGGUCCAUGGGGUCACGAAGAGUCGGACACGACUAAACGACUAAACAACAACAAAGGUAAAGGGACGCCUGACCAUUAGGUCCAGUCGUGGCCGACUCUGGGGUUGCGGCACUCAUCUCACUUUAUUGGCCGAGGGAGCCGGCGUACAGCUUCCGGGUCAUGUGGCCAGCAUGACUAAUCCGCUUCUGGCGAACCAGAGCAACGCACGGAAAUACUGUUUACCUCCCGCGGGAUCGGUACCUAUUUAUCUACUUGCACUUUGACGUGCUUUUGAACUGCUAGGUUGGCAGGAGCAGGGACCGAGCAACGGGAGCUCACCCCAUUGCGGGGAUUCGAACCGCCGACCUUCUGAUCGGCAAGUUCUAGGCUCUGUGGUUUAACCCACAGCGCCACCCACAUCCCAAGCAAUAGUGAGUGCUAGCCAAUUUCCUGGAUUUUGAAAAGCAGCAAACUGUGGUUGGAAAGGUUGGAGCAGCACAUACGAAAAGCUACUUUGAUUCCCAUACAGCACCAAUAUGGUGCGCACAUGCACCAUAGUAGUCACUGCUGUCCCUUAUGGCACCCAUGAAGGGUCUUCAUAAACAUCCCCUCAAAACACCACAAUGCACAAGAGAUGGUUUGCUGCUUCUCUUCAAUUCUCCCCUACAUUGAACAAACCUUCCUCCUUUACCCAGAUUUCAUUCAGUGCUGGGACUGAAGGCCUGCUCGCCUCUCUGUUCUGAACAAGAUAAGGUAAAGGAGGUAAAGGACCCCUGGACAGAUAAGUCCAGUCAAAGGUAACUAUGGAGUUGCAGUGCUCAUCUCGCUUUCAGGCCGAGAGAGCUGGCAUUUGUCCACAGACAUCUUUCUGGGUCAUGUGGCCAGCAUGACAAAACUGCUUCUGGCACAACGGAACACCGUGAUGGAAACCAGAGCACACAGAGACGCCGUUUACCUUCCCACCGCAAUGGUACCUAUUUAUCUACUUGCACUGGACUGCUUUCGAACUGAUAGGUUGGCAGGAGCUGGAACAGAGCAACGGGAGCUCACCCCGUUGUGGGGAUUCGAACUGCCAACCUUCUGAUCGGCAAGCCCAAGGGGCUCAGUGGUUUAGACCACAGUGCCACCCGCCCCACCCCCAGAUCAGAAGAGAUGUACAAAGAGGGUUUCUCAUUGGUGACCGUGGUGGUGGCUUAUGCAGGGGCCUCUCUGCUCCCAACUGGGGGCAUGCCUGCACCAUUUUGUGGUCUUGUCACUUUUUUUGUUAUUUUGGAUGUGGCAGCCUUAUGCCAUGCCCCUCCCACGCCAGCCGUUUUGUAACUGGUGCCCGUGGCAUUUUCUCAAAAUUCAAAUGUCUCCACUGGUUCCCCCUUAAAAAGAUUAGCAACUCCUAUCGUAAAGACAGUGGUUCUGAUGUAAAUUCAUCUUAGCUGUUAACUUGCCCAGUGAGCUGCUGUUUCUCCGUCUGAAACCAGCCUGCCCCUCAAUUGUGGGGGUAAUUAUACCAGUCUACUUUCAGGGCUAUUGUAGGAUUACUAGCACAGCACACAGUUUUCUCUUUCUCCCCCAGAAAUUGCUACGGUUGUGACAAGUCAAAAGAAGUCAGCUUUGAAAUGACUGGGGGAUGUACAGUACAGCAUUCCUACGGAGAAGAAUGCUGUAGUGAAAACUUUGCCAGCUGCAGUGGGGUUUAAAGGUAAGUCACCUCAAUCUUUACUCCCACUCUAACCGCUGCCAUCCUUGUAAUGCCAGUUCAUAACAUUUAACUUUUGAUUUAUUGAUCUGGAGCUCAGUAUGCUGGGAAUCAAAGUCCUGGGCUUGGAGAUGCAUCUUGCCUUUUGAUCCUUACUGGUGUUUUACUGCUAUUCUCUAUCAUUUUGAGUUAAGCGGUGCUCUCAUAGCUUCUAGCUCUUGUCAGUCUAUUUAGUGUAUAAAAGGCUGCAUGUUUCUUCCCUAAGGUGCAUCACAGAACGGUCAAAUCUCAUAA